AAGAGUGAACGGGUAACUGUUGCGCUACUCUUCCGAAGCCGGCAGUGUGCGUGUGAGAGAGAGAGAGAGUGCGUGGUGUGAGUGAGGGUGACCCCCUUUUUUGUAUCAAUUUUUUAGGAACUCUACUCGAGAGAGAGAGAGAGAGUUCAUGGCGGACAAAAGCCCCGGGAAACCGCCCCCUCCGUCUGCAGAGGCUGAUCCUGCAGCAGCAGCCUCGUCGUCGGACGACAGGGGCCGCACGGAAAAGAGGAGACGAACUCUCCUGAAUCGCGUCAACUUCUUCGAGCAGGUGUGGUGGGGCCGUGCAAGGUCACCCUCCCUCGAGAGGACCAAGUCGCCUUCAGGCAGGAGGACGCCGUCCGUCGAAAGGGCCUCGGAGGCCUUCGAGGAGGUGCGGGCCGACGCCGAAGGAGAUGGCCCCGAGAAGGAGAAACGCCGACGUCGCGAGAGUGACAGUCCAGAGGCCCCUGGAGACGAUGCCCUUCCGAGGCAGAGGUCGUCCUCGGGCCGACACGACGACGACUGGGAAUGGGUCGAAGAGACCUCGACCUUGGCCGAGGACAUCGAGAGGCGGCUGGAGGAGAGGAGACGCAUGAGGUCGGGCAGCAGCACGCCUACCAUGGAGUGGGUCCACCUCCGAAGAACCACCGACGAACCCAGGUCGCCGCCCGCCGACGGCAAACCGCCCACUCCCGAACCUUGGGAGUCGACGUUCUCCUCCAGGGAAACGACGUCGAUGGCGGAGGAAAUAGAACGCCGACUGGAACAGCAUCGUCAGGAAGUGAGGCAGAGGCUGUCUUCCCCCGUGAAGGACUGGCCACAGCUCCGUCACUCUCCCGUCCCCCGAUCCAGUCGUAGUGUGACCCCUGACCCGGACAGGACCACCGAAGGUGCAUUUACUCCAAGGAGCAGGACGACCAGCGGCGACAGGGGCAAGAGGAGUCGAGAGGGCAGCUUAUCUCCCGGGCGCCAGGUCCUGACUCGGGAGGUCAUCGCGAAAGCCGAGCGCCGAGGGGGCGUGGCCACUGCAUUCACCACCAAAACCCAUUCCACGACUGUCUGGGACACAUCCGGCGGUGCCCCGCACACCCAGACUCAUUCCUCGAGUGACAACUUGAGAGAGGACGACCCCAGCAGCGAAGGCCUGGAUGGAUUCCAAAGGGUGGAAGAAGAAGAACGCGAGAGUCUCGAAAAGGGCGACAGGAAGAGAUACAACAGAGUCGUCGUGCGAAAGACCACCGAAAGGACCGUCACCUCCUCCUCUCCUUCCCCAGAAGCCGCCGAACAAGGGCCUUUCCCCCUCCUGUCUCGAAGUGCCUCUUCAGAUGCUAGUCUUCCAAACCGUCCCGCAAGAAGCAGAACGCCCUCCGGGCCCAGACCUCGCUUGCGCUCCAGAACGCCGUCCGUAGAACGUAUCCUAGAAGUAGAGGAGGCCGAAGAAGCGGCCAUGUCCCUGGCGUCGUCUACAGACCCCGGAAUCCUAGACAAAGAUGACCCACAGAACCCCGCCGCCGCCUCCGCCGCAGCCUUCAGGGCAUCAUCUCCUGACGAUGCCAAGGAAAAACCCGAAGCAGACGACACCGACAAGGUGUUCAAGAAACCCCGAAGCGACCAGCUGACCAUGGAGGCCGUCAGCACCGUCCAGUGGGAAGGGGGAGGCACCAAGAACGAAAUCCGACGCUUCAGUUCGAGAGUGACCAUCCGUGACAGGGACCCUUCCUACACCAAGUACGUCCUUUCGACCCGAACGACUUCCCGCGAUUCACUCUUCUCGACCGCCAGCAGUAGCGAGGACACGCCGAGCUGGGAGGGCGCGCCCGUCUGGGCGAGUCGCCAAUCGCAGACUGCUGCUGCUGCUGCUGCUGGUGCUGCUGAAGGAGACGAUGCAGAUGAUGACUCGGGGGCGCCUCGAGAGAGGUCGAAAGAGUACCAGAAGCAUAUCAGUUCUCUCAAAGACGAGCAAGAAAGAGUACAAAAGAAAACGUUUAUGAACUGGAUCAACGCUCAUUUAGCCAGGCAUGUCCCGCCCAUGAAACUCGGUGAGCUCAUCGACGACCUGAAGGAUGGCACGGCGCUCCUGGCCCUGCUGGAGGUCCUGUCGGGGGAGAAGCUGCCCGUCGAGAAGGGCCGCGUCCUCCGGCGGCCACAUUUCCUCAGCAACGCCAACACCGCCCUGCAGUUCCUCUCCUCCAAGAGGAUUAAACUAGUGAACAUCAACCCGACAGACUUGGUCGACGGAAGGCCGUCUGUGGUGCUGGGGCUGAUAUGGACCAUCAUCCUCUACUUCCAGAUCGAAGAGAACACCAGACAGAUGGAACGUCUCAGUCAACUGAUGGAACAGGAGGCCGGCACCCGAAGUGACUCCCCCUUCACGGGGCCUUCGGAAUGCACGAUAUCGAGGGACAGGCCGCCCUCCGUCACCAGGCGGUCGGCGGCGGCCGAGAAGUGGAAGAUGGGCGCCAAGAAGACCCUCCUGGAGUGGGUGCGGCAGACGAUCACGAAGAAAUUCGGCAUAGUUGUCAAUGACUUCGGAACAAGCUGGAGAGACGGAACGGCCUUCCUGGCUCUCAUUCAUUGCAUUAAUCCUCGUCUUGUGAACAUGCAGAGGAUGUCCCAGAUGACGAACAAAGCCCGCCUCGAGACCGCCUUCAACGUGGCCGAAAAGGGCCUGGGCAUCGCGCGCCUCCUGGAUUGCGAGGACGUGGACGUGGAGAAACCCGACGAGAAGUCCAUCAUGACCUACGUGGCUUCCUUCCUCAACAAGUUCCCGGAGCCGGGCACGACAAGCGUUCCACCUUGUACGAGCCCGACCCUGGAAGCUGCGACGGGAGACAUGUUUAGUGAGAUCGAGAUGGAGUACACCGAACUCACGACCUGGCUUUCUCACACGUCCAACUGGUUGGACACUCUCCACGACCCUGCCACUCACGGAAAUAUCAAUUACGAGCGAUUCAGGGCUUUGAAAUCCGAGGCAGAUGAGAAGAAGGUAAUUUACGAGAAGCUGAAGAACUUAGUCGUUUCACAGUCAUCCAUGAUUUCAAUCACGGCAGAUUCUUGGACGCAGAUCACAGCAUCUUGGAAUAAGGUCUCACAGCAAUUGUCUCACUGGACCUGGCUGCUGGAUGCUGCGCUACCCGGGUCCUUGGGUCCCAUCGGCGAAUGGCUGAGUAGGGCAGAGGCCAUGCUUGGCACGGAGGACAAGCUGCACGGCAAGCACGAAGAGAUCGCCAACUUGUUGAGCAGGAAGAUCGAGGAGCAUAAGGCCUUCUUUGCGGAGCUGCCUUCCAUCAUAGCCACCUUCGAGUCGGUCAAGACUUCGCCCGACGCCAUGGCCAUCCCUCCGCAGCAGCUGGAGUACAUGGAGCUGAGGCUGAAGACCAUCGCUCCGAGAGCCGCCCAGAGAAAGAUCAAGCUCAAGUACCUGGAGCAUAGGUACUGCUUGAUUGCGUUCCUCAUCCUGGUGGAGGCAAAGUUGAAGACAUGGGCGGUGAAAUACGGCAACGAACAGGAGGUCCAGCAGAUCCUGAGUGAGUACCGCUCCUUCGUGGGCACCAGGAACAUCUUCCAGGAGUUCGAUCGAGCCUUCAUGGAGAUGCAGCAGGUGUCGGAGGCCUACAAGAAGGACUCGAAUUUGAGCAAAGCUGAGAGCGAGGGCAUCGCCAAAUUCCUUCUGGAAAUGAAUGAUCGCUGGAAGAACAUCUCCGUCGAGCUGAGAUGCAUCCAGUCCCUCCUGGAAGAAGUCAUCACUUACUGGAAGAAGUUCAUCGACCUGACUCAGCAGUUCGAAGCUUGGGUCGACCAGUCCUUCAAGAUGAUUAACCUCCCAGAGGAGGAGAAGAUGGAGUUCUUCCAGGACCUUGGAGAAUGGAAGACUAAACACGAGAAUCUGAACGAGACUGGAAACUUCUUGGCAGCCACCUGCAAGCUGGAAGUUGCCCAAGAAAUUCGCGAGAAACUCGCCAUCGUAAACAACAAGUGGGAAGACCUGUUCCAGUACGUGCAGCAGUACCUCCAUCGUGGCCAGAUGCUGCGUACCAAGAACGACUACCGAUCCGGACAGGACAAGCUGGAACUUUGGCUCGAGAACGCUGACGUCAUCCUCAACACCAAGAACGUGUGUUCGGUUGAGUGUGUCAAAGAGUAUGGCGAGCAACUCAAGAAACUGAAUGGCGAGAUUGAGGAGAUGGAGAUGCUCUUCAAGAGCGUCUCCAAAUCCUUCCAGACCCUCGUGCAGGAUCUGGCGCCUGACGAGAUCGAAAGGAUGAUGUGGUCACUGAAACAAGAGAAGGAAGAGUUGGUCAGACUCAGGGCAGUCAUCCCUCAGAAGAUGCAUCUCUCCACGCAGAUCGUCAUGCAGCUCGAAGCCGUCGAGGCAGGCAUCGUCGAGAUCAACCAGUGGCUGGACGAAGCGGAAUCGCUCCUGGAGUCCUUCACCGUCCACGGUACCAACGAAUUCAUUCAGAGCCAACUCGAGAAACAGAAGAGAGGAGAUCCCGAGUGGCCCUUUUCCUUCAAGGGCACCAAUAAGACGACACGAAUACAGCUGGAAAAACAUAGGGCGUUCUUUUCACGCCAGCUGUAUUACAAGAGCAUGUUGGAUACCAAGAACAGGGUCUACCAAAACCUGCUGAGGACCGUCAACGGAGGAGAGAAUUUCAACGUGGAGGACCUCCAGGAGAAGAUGACCAACCUCACCAAUAGAUUUACAACUGUGACCGAGGCGUCGGUUGCCUGGGAAACGCGAAUGAGCGAGAGCAUCCGCUGUUGGCAGAGCUUCAAGGAAUGCGAGACCGAAGUGAGCGAGUGGCUCUCCAGCGCCGAGAAGAUCUUCCAGGAGAAGGCAAUCACCACCAAGAGUUAUCUGGAAACCCACAAGGACUUCUUCAUCAACGCCCCAGAGCAUCUGCUCCUGAAGGUGGUGACCACGGGGCAAGACCUCCAGAUAUUCGUGGCCGAGUCCGAGCAGGAGGCCAUCGACAUGGCCAUCCACAGCAUCCAGAAGAGGUGGGAUGACGUCAUGGCGCAUGCGCCCUUGCAUCUACUGAAGCUGGAAUUCCGUCUGGACGAGAACACCUUCUACAUGUUCCUGCGGGACAUCGACAAGGAACUGGCCAGCGAGCAGAAGGCCUACAACAAGAACGAAAACGUCGAAGCCAUCAGGAGGAACCACGAGGAAUUCUUCGCAGCAGAGCUUAUAUCGAGGAUAGAGGAACUUCUGGACAACAUGGAUCUGUCAAGUCGCGAAUACGAUAAAAAGAAAAACGACCAGAGCUUAAUCGAGGACUGCCAGAGAUGCACAACCCGCUGGCUGGAAAUCCAGACGCGCAUUGGCACCAUGGCGUCACACCUGGAUCAGAUUCCAGAGAGAUGGAAGGAAUAUGAAGCGAAGGUUGAUGAAACGGUUGGCUGGAUGGAUGGCGUCAAUGAUUGCUUGAAGGAGGUCAGCAGAGAAGCCCGAAGUGCCCAAGAUUAUGAAAAGCUCAAGGAUAAAUUUGUGAACAUGUGCGGCGACAUGGAAACCAGACGUGAAUCAAUGAAGUGGUUGGUCCAGAUGCUAGACUCGUUGAUAACUCACAUUCCAGAGGAAGAUGGGCAGUAUGAGCAACAAAAGUUGGAGUCCCUCAUUGCCCGCUACAAGGCUCUCGUUCCCACGAUCGAGGCUGCCCUUAUUCGAACAGAAACAUAUGCCAAGUGUUAUCAGUACAGGGAAGAUAUCAAUGGUGUUGUGGCAACUCUGGAAGAUGUAAGGAAGCAUUGUGAGAAGGACGUACAGCCUGAGAACUUGGAAACAGUACUUCAGCUCAUAAAAGAUCAAGAAGUUAUUGUGAGGCAGCUGGAGAACCAGAGGGACAACAUUUUCACAACCAUACAGAAAGGCAAAGACCUUUCGAGGGACCACAAUGCGCCUCUGUUUGUGAGUGCCAUGCUGCAAACAUUAGAGGCUAAAUGGAAUGAAGCAUACAAUGGCUCUGUUGAUAAGCUGAGUAAACUCAGGAGUACAAUGAAAGUGUGGAGCGAUUACUCAGAUCAGAAGAAAGAAAUUCUGAAGUUACUUGCACAAGCAGAAGGAGAACUGUCAAAUAUUAUUAGUUAUAGUAAUCCACAGGAAGUAGCCAAUGAGCUGAGCAAUAAGCAAGAGAUGAAUGAACAUCUAAAUGAAACAACAGACCAAAUGCUUCGAAAGUUACAGAACCAUUCCAAUAAUUUAGCAAAGCUUGCAAAUCCAGAGAAGAAACCUCUACUCGAAAAAGAAGUAGUGGAGAUUGAACAACGUAUGCAAACGGUUAUAGACACUGUUUCAGAGAAGAUUGAAUAUCUUGAACAACUAAAUGUGAAAUGGGUACACUUUACAGGUACACUACAAGAACUUAAAACUUGGUAUGCCAAUGCACGAAAUGUACUGGAGCGUCUGGUCACUCUAGAAAUGUCUCCUGACGACAGAGAAUCACAGACAAAUGAACUAAUAGAAAGAAUCAACAAAAAGUUGUCAGUUAUUGAAGCACUGGAGGAAGAAGCUGGGGAAUUGCUAGAAGGUGAACCAUCUGAGGAUGCAAUUCAGUUCAGUACAGAACUUCAGUCAUUGAAGGAGAACAUAGUUACUCUGAAUAAGCAUGCAGAAAGACAUUCUGAAACUGUAAGGCAUGAUCACAAACAUUGGCAGGAAUAUCAAACUGAAGUACUUUCAAUAAAGCCAUGGCUGGAAACUGCUGAAACAAGAGUUGCGGUUGGACUAACCAAACCAAGUUCCAUGCAAGAGGCCAUGCAAGCAGCAGAUACAGCUAAAGAAUUUGAGAGACAAUGCAGUGAGUAUAUGGAGAAACUGCGUAAUGUCUCCUCUAAAAGUUCUCAGGUUGCCAGGAUUUGCUCAGUCGUAGAUGAAAUUGAUGCUCUUCACUCACGCUGGUCAGCUGUACAUGAUGUUGCUGUACAGUGGAGUGAAAGAACCGAAUCCCUUCUUGCUGAGUGGGAAGAUUUCAACUAUAAAUGUGAUGCUGUCUCCUCUUGGGUCCAUCAAAUGGAGGAACAGCUUGAGAAAGUUAGCGAGUAUGCACCAACAGUGUUACGAUUAGAGGACCGUGUUUCUGGCCUGAAAGAUAUGGUGAAAGAGAUAGGAGAGAGGCAGACUGAUAUUAUCAACCUCACUUCAAUAGGCGAUCAUAUUUCAUCUGGUAUGAGCCCAGAAGGAGGCGCCAAUAUAAAGAAGGUUGUGGCAGAGCUGAAGGCACUUAUAUUAAAACUCAGUGAUGAAGCACGCAAGCUUAAGAAUGAAUUAUCAGAUAUUGUAAUAGCAAGACAGGAAUUAGUGACAAAAAUUGUUAGGCUUGAAACAUGGCUGAAUGAUUUCAGCAACAACCUAGAUGAACUUGAAGACAUUGAUGUUGAUGAACUAGACAGGGCUCCUGAACUUGUUCAUUCAUUACAGCAAGAGCAUGAUGAGAAGCAAAGUGAAGUAACAGCGCUUGCGGAAGAAUGUCGUGAGGUCGGUGACCGCUGCAGUGGCCAUGAUCGUGAUGAAUUAUUUAACCAGUUUGAUGAUGCUGAAGCCAGGUUCGAAAAUUAUGGCCAAGUCAUUGUAUCAAAGAAACCAGCCAUUUUAAAAUGGAGAGAUUUCUGGGAGUGGCAGAGCAUCACAGACGAUGUCAUGAAAAGUAUCAGUCAGCAGGUUGAUGCCAAACCCAAUUUGAAUGACCUUUCCCAGAUGAGAAAAGAGCUUCUUAACAUAAGGGAGCAGUGUCGCUCAUGGGAUGAUGAAGCGGCGUAUAUAAUGGAUUUAUGUGAGAAGAGCACUACAGUUGUCAGAGACCCAGAUACGGGCUCUGCUAUUAACAUAGAGGCAAAAGUUGUGGAAUUUAAGAAAAGGAUGGAUAUCUUGGAAAGUAGUUUGGACAGCUGUCAGGAUCAGCUGCAACAGGUCAACAGCAGGUGGGAAACCUUCCACCGUGUAAAGAACCAGUUAUGUGAAUUCUUGAAUUCAAUAACAAAUCGAGUCACCGACAAAGAACUCAUGCAGAGUAAUUAUGCCGGUGUUCAACAUCUCCUGGAAGCUGUUGAGAGUGCUCUUCAAGACAUGCAAUCCCAGCUGAGACUAAAAGAAAAGCUUCAUGAUUUAGGAAGGGAGUUAAUGUCAAGUGAUUCUAGUCAGUUGGUGUCUGUUCAGAACGCUUUAACAGCUGCAGAUGGAAGUUGGGAUCGUGUGCAGAAUAUGUUAUAUGAAAUGCAGACAAAAUUCACAAGCAUUACAUCUCUUUGGAGACAGUGCAAAGAUGGACAAGAAUACCUGCAAGCUGCAAUUGCUGAAGCCAAGCGUAACUGUGAAAAACUUAACAGCACCCCGUCAGAAGCAAGCUCGGUUCAGACCAUGUUGAAUCUGUGCAAGAAAACUACUGAUGCUCUACGCAGAACACGACCACAAUUAGAAAGCUUUAUUUCUAAGUCACAGCAUUUGAGCCAACAAUUAGAAAGUGAACCAGGUUUUGAUGCCACAACGGUUAAGCAAAACUCUCAGGAAACUCAUCAGAAGUGGCAAAGCAUGAUGGAUUUCCUAAACCAACGCUCACAGAACCUGGAAGGCCAGCUUGUACUGUGGAAACAAAUUAUUCAAGGAAGAGAUGAAAUAUUAAGUUGGCUCAGUGAUACUUGCGAAGUCUUGGAUGAAACACAAAACUCACAAAACAUGGAUACAGCUGCAGAGAAAUUAGAAAAAUACAAGAAUGAGCUUCCUAAUUAUGAGAGUCUGUUCCGUGGUUUGCAAAGUCGAGCAAAGCAACUCCAAACCCUGAAUACUGGUGUUUCAUUAUCAAGAGUAGAAGAAAUCAUCAGUACAGUCUCUGCAGAAUUUGAGCAGACUGAAGCAGCAGCUGCUAAACUUAGUGAAUACUUGGAUGAAAUGAAGGAGCAAGAAACUACUGUCUAUGAUAACAUAAAAGAACUGAAUGAGUCACUCUCUCAGAUCCGUGACCGUUUAAUGAGAUGCGAAGACAUUACAGGUGAUGACAAAAAGAUUCUUGCCCGCCUUGAAACAGCCAAAAGGAUAGAAAGUGAAUUAGAGGAAUAUGAAGAAAAAAUAAAAGAGGUAAAAACAGACAUAGAAGAAUUGAAUGGUACAUUUAAGGCAUUUGAAGCCAGUAAACUCAUUAAGGAAUAUGCUGCAUUGCAGAAGAAAUAUGAAGGCAUUGUAGGACAAACUUCAAAGGCAUGUAAGAGUCUACAUUAUGUAAUUGAAAAGCAUUACCAUGAUAGGCUAGAAGAUGUCCAGCGUUUCGUGACAGUUCACCAGGAGAAAAUUACUUGGUGUCAGACUGAGCCUGGAAGUGACCGCUACGGUGUAGAAGCAAAGGUAUCUGCUUUGUUGGAUGUCAAAUCAAGCCUCAAGUUUGGUGUAGCAAAGAGGGAAGAGCUAGAAAAGUGCCGUGACCUGUACCAGCGCACUGUGAGCCAAGACCAGCGAGAAAAUAUCAAGAGAGAAUGUGAAGCUGCUGUCACAGAAUUGGAGGAGCUGAAUGACCAAUUGGACGAAUGCCAUCAAGCUCUCAUUCAAUCAUUAGAAUUAUGGCAACAGUAUGAACUAAUGACAGAGAACCUAAAUUCCUGGCUCAGGGAGAUUGAGGCACAAGCCCGGUCAGAGGGGAUGAAUCAAAUAGACAUGGACAAAGUUAAAGAAAAGGCUCAGGAAACAGAAUCAUUACUUGAGGAAAUUAACAGCCAUGAUGAAGAAGUUAAUGAACUCCUGGAAAUAUCCGAGGCACUGCUCAAAAUUAACCCUGAUUGCAGAGUAGGAGAAUAUGGAAACCAAAUGAAAAACAGAGUAGAGGUCCUUGUUAAGUUUUGUGAAACAUUCCUGUCUAAACUAAACCACUUAACAGAGGAUAAGAAAGCCUACAGUGAGACAAUUGUUAAGAUGGAAGAGUGGCUGGAAGAUGCAGAAGAGAAGUUCAAAUCAUUUGAGCAGUUGACAAGUAGUGGUGGAAAACCAACCUUGGCGUAUCAGUCUAAGUUACAAGAACUUAAAUCCUUUGUUGAUGAGAAGAAGAAUGGUCAGCAGCUUUUGAAUGCAGUGAUUGAGCGUGGUGAAAUUCUUUUCUCUGCCAUUACCCCUGAAGGCCGUGAAAAGAUUAGGUUAGAUCUCCGUAACCUCAGAGACACCUGGGAAGCUCACCUUGAUAAAGUUAAUCACCUAUAUAAGAGAGUUGAAGGAAUUAUAAUGCAGUGGUCUUCAUUUGAUGAUAAUUUCAGCCAGGCUUCAAAAUGGUUAGAAGAAAUACAGAGACGUGCAGGAACAGAAUUUGACUUGAAAGCCACUUUGUCUGACAAAAAAGCCCAGUUGCAACAAUAUAAGACAGUCUAUCAAGAUAUUAACUCACAUGAAAGUAUGAUUUAUGGCUUAAAAGAAAAAAUCGAAUUCCUAACAGAUGAUGAAACAUCUCAAGCUGUUGAUGAAAUGAUUGGCCAGUACUGUGAAAUGUCUUCUCGGACCCAGCAGAGAAUCACUCGCAGUGAGGAGAUAAUCCAGCACCAUGAAACCUUCCUUCAUUACAAUGAAAAAUUCCGUGACUGGUUAACUGCUCAAAAGGCUGAGCUUUCACUUUGUGCAGAUGUGUCACCAGAAAGUAGUGAUGUUGAGAUGAAAAUGAAUAUAAUUGAAACUCUUGAAGCCAGUGAAUCAGAAGGCCAAGAACUAAUGGAGAAAUGCCAGGGCAGUUUAACACAGACUUUGAAAAAUACAGAUGCAUCAGGUCACGCAGCAAUUACUGCUGACUUGGAAUCUCUAAAGAGAAGCUGGAGAUCACUGCAGACAGAAAUUACUGAGAGCAAACGAAAGGUGGAGAGCAUUAUGUCUCAGUACAACCAAUGUGAGGAAAUAGUGUAUGCUCUGAAGGACUGGCUUAAAGGCAUUGAGUCUAAAGUUAAGGACCAAUCACUAAAAAGUGAUCUGGAAUCAAAGGAGAGCCACCUUGAUCGUCUGAGGCAAUUAGAAGAAGAAAUAGUCAAUAAAGCCCCUGAAAUUAAUGAUGCCCUAACACAAGCUCAGAGUAUGGAUAAUGAAGGCAAACAUACUGUUCAGAUCCUCCAGUUGUCAUCGCGUUAUCAGUCACUGAAAAACGUGCUAAAGGAAAUGAUGAGUCGCUACGAAAUGUUUAUUCGUGAACAUCGUUCCUUCCUUGACAAAUAUCAGGAAUGCCUGAACUGGGUUGAAGCAGUAGAUCAAGAUUUGCGUGAGCAUGCCGAGGUGGUAGGUGACAUGAAGCUGUUACAGAUGCGUCGCAACAAAGUAGAGCAACUCAUUGAACUGAAAUCUAGUCAGGCAAAUAAAGUGGAUGCGGUUCUAGAGCUGGGUGAACGAUUGUACACUCACACAGCGCCUGAUGGUCGUGAGGUUAUUAGACAAAACCUGCGGGAAUUACGAGAAAAAUGGGAAGCAUGGUGUGACUCUGUAACAAAUGCUGGUCAGACUUUGGAUCAGUGUCUUCAGCAGUUCACAGACUUUUCUGGUGCUCAAGAGCAGCUUACGAGGUGGUUGAAGGAUGUGGAAUUGGCCAUGCAACAACAUACAGAACUGAAAAGUUCUCUUCAAGAAAAGACUGCUCAACUGCAAAAUCAUCGUCUUGUACACCAAGAAAUCCAAGCUCACCAAACUCUGGUUGAAAUGGUCUGUGAAAAAGCUCAGACACUUGUCAACCAAACACAAGAUAAGGCUUUGAAUGUCUACAUUCAGUCUAUCAAGACAUUAUUCCAUAACAUAGUCCUCAAAAGCAGAGAUCUCCUUGAGAAGUUAGAUUUGUGUGUGCAAGAACAUGCCCAGUUUAAUUCUCUCUGCAAGAGUUUUGGUGACUGGCUCAACAUUCAACGAGAUCAACUUCAUCUUUGUGCGGAUGUUGCAGGAGAAAAGUCAGACCUCAACAAGAAGCUGGAUAAUCUGAAGAGGAUAGAAACAGAACUAAACACCUGUUCACAGCUUGUUGCAGUCACACUAAUCGUUUCGAAGGAUUUAGAGGCAGUGCAAAGUACUGGAGACAAGAAAUUGGUUGAACUGCGCAGUUUAGGAGAAAAAGUUGCUCUCAGUACUUCUGAACGAGGUGGAAAAGCUCUCCGUGCAACUAUCACCUCCAUGGAGGAUGCUUGGAACCUUCAUCUAGCCACUGUCGGUGAUGUCCGAGAUAAUCUCAAGGGCACCAUAAAACAAUGGAUCAAAUUUGAGGAGGAUCUCGAGAGGCACUCAGCCUGGUGCCGAGAGUUGGAGGCUUUCUUCAAGGAGCAACAGCCGUGUGCCACAUUGCAAGAGAAGAACGUAAGGCUCGAAGUAUUAACUCAGAAGCGUGAAGAUGUCGUCCGAUAUGAGAGAGAAAUAGACGUUUUUGUUGACCAGGGACACGCCCUUGUGAGAACAUCAAGUGUUGACCGACUGAAGCCUCUCAUCACUCAGCUGAGCAACAGAUACCAGAGUCUCCACGUGCUUACAAAGGAGGCUGUGACAAAAUGGCGUGGUAUUGUGGCAGACCACCAGUCAUACGAAGAGAAAUUCGAAGAGAACAACAAGUGGUUGAAUUCCAUGCAGCAGUCGCAUGACAAUAUGUUAAAUGAAGCCACGCCUGAAAAGAGAGAUUCCCUCCUCCAGUAUCUGCUCAGCGAGCGUGAGCAGGCAACCCACCGUUUAGGCUCCAUCACGGCUCUCGGAGAAAGGCUGUAUCCUGACACGGCAACUGUCGGUCGUGAGCGACUUCGCCAGGACCUGAGGAUGAUGCGAGAAUUCUGGGAGAAACUGGACGAUGCCAUCAUGGAGCAACAACGGAAGCAGGAGGCCCAGACGCUGCAGUGGUCUUCGUUCACUGACAGCACUCAGGCAGCCAGAAAUUGGCUGGACAGCAUGGAGAAAACUAUUGCUGUCGACCCAUCGAACUGGCUCUCACUUCAGGAGCUGCGUUCGAGGCUUCUGAAACUGAAGACAACGCUGCAGGACAUAACAUCGCACAAGCGCGUCCUAGACACGGUGAAGGAGAGGGCAGGGUACCUUCUGCAGGCAUCCCCCAACAACAAAGAGGUCACAAAGGCCAUCCAGGAGAUCGAGCAGAGGCACGAGGCCCUCUCGGCCAACACCAAGAAGAACAUUGAGGACCUGGAAUGGAUGACUGACAAUCUGAGCACCCACCAGGAGCUCUCAGCUUCCCAUGCCGACUGGCAGAAGAUGAUGUGGGAGAAACUGCAUUCUUACACAGACUACUCGGGCAACAAGAGCAUGCUCCAGCAACGCCUGGACCACGUCAAGGAGCUGGAGGAGGCCAAGUGCGACGGGCGGAACAUGAUCGCCCAAAUCAGCUCCCACGCCCACCAGCUGCUCGACAAGCUGCCCGCCCGCUCCAAGGAGAGCGUCGAAAGGGAGAUCAACAAUAUGAAGUACGAGUUGGCCAAAUUCGCCAGCACGCUGGCGGACGUGAAACACGGCCUGGAAGAGCGACUCCAGCAGUGGACCGAAUACGAGGGCACUUUCGAUCGCAUCAUCUCCUGGCUGAACGAGUCUGAAUCCACCUUGAAGAAUUACACCCCCAAGAACACCCUCCAGGAGAAGACCGAGCAACAAGAGAGAUACCAGGAAUUCCUGCGCGUAGUUGAUAGCCGGCAUGCGUUGGUUCAGGAAUUCAUAACAAUUGCUGAUAACUUAGAACAAGGGCUGGUCUUCAGCAUCAUCCAAAACCAGGCUGAGAUUGACAAGAUGAGCGACGAUUCAUCCGAUCUGAUGGGCAUCUCUGGGGACACCAGAAUCUCUGUGAACGUGCAGCAGAUUACGUCAAGGUUCAAGGCCAUUCAGGUCACAGCAAAGGAGAUUCUCAAGAAGUGUGAAGUUGGUGUGGCUGAUCACAAACUCUUCAUAGAGAAGUACAACCAAAGCGUAGGAUGGUUAACUGCAGCGCAAGACAAACUUGCCAGGUGUAUCGAAAUGCAAGGGGACAGAGCGAGUUUACAAAAGAGACUUGAGUUAAUUAAGGAGUUACUAAAAGAAAAACAAAAUGCAUUAUCUCUGGUAAACAACACUGUAGAGUUAGGUGAAAAACUUUAUCCAACAACAGCAGAUGAUGGUCGAGAAGCCAUUCGAAUACAGCUGGAGGAUCUGCAAAGUUCGUUUGAUUCCCUCUUCGACAGUGCAGCAACAUUAGAAAGAGAGCUGCAGAGUAAGAGAGGUCGCUGGACUACUUUCGAAGAAGCCAGCGAGCAGCUCAAGACUUGGCUUCGUGAGACGCAGACUCAGAUGCCUGAUGAGAUUGAGCUCAAAACGACCCUUGACGAGAAGCGCGCCCAGCUGCAGACUUACCGUAUGCUGCUUCAUGAUAUUCUUGCAAAACAACAAACCAUACUUGAUGUGAGAGACAAAGCAGAAAAUCUCCCAGAAAAGGCUGAUCGUGUGAAUACCUUCCUGGAAUCAGCAAAUGCUCAUCAUCAGGAGAUGCUUCAGCGUGUGCAAUCCUACUUAGAACGUUAUGAGGCUAUAGUGAGUGACCAUCAGCAAUACUGCAAGGCAGUAUUUGAAACACAAGAGUGGUUAGAUGCAACACACAAUACUGUAGAAAUGUGGGGAGAAUUAGAUUGUGAUCACAUUACACUUCGUGCCAACCUGGAAAAAUUGAGAAAUUUGCAGUUAAGUUUGCCUGAGGAAGAACCUAGGGUUUUGCAAGUCAGAACUUUAGGUGAGAAAGUCAUUCCUGGUACAAUUCAGUCUGGCCAGAUAAACAUUCGCUCCCAGAUUGAUACAACUUUGCAGGACUGGCAAGGCUUGUUAUCUGCUGUCUCAUCUACUAUUGAGAAAAUUGAAGCCACAUUGAAUCAGUGGGGAGAAUUUGAAAGCAUGAAGGAUGCCAUCCAGAGCUGGCUUCGUGAAACCGACAAUAAACUACAUGCAGUUAAUCUGAAGGUAACUUUGGCAGAAAAACAGGAGACUCUUGAUAUGUUAAAAGCUCUGCAAGGUGAGGUUCGAGCCAAGGAAUUAGAAAUGGACCAGCUAACUGAGCGUGCUCAGAAUUUGUAUCAAGGCAGUCACUCUACUAGAGGUUCGCAGGUUAGUGAGCUCAGCACUCGAUACGCACAAAUUUCCUCUAAAGUGAAAGAUGUUCACUCCCGUUGGCAUCAAUAUGUUAGCUACCAUACAGACUAUGAGAGCAGACUGACAGAAUGCCGAAAUUGGCUUCAGGAUAUAAAGAAAAAGCUUGGAUGCUGUACAGAUUUGUCAGCAACUUCUCAAGAAGAUCUGAAUAAGAAAAUGGAGGCUAUCCAAGAUUUGCUUUUACUCAAAGAAGAAGGUUUCACCAAAGUCCAAGGUACUGUUGAGUUAGCUCAGACAGUCCUUGCCAAUACUGCACCGAUGGGUCACCACCAGAUCAACCAGACUGUUGAGGAAUUACAACAAGAUUGGAGCGUCUUGGCCUCUAAGAUGGUGGAAACUAAGACUUACCUAGAUGAAACAACUCACAGGUGGGCUGGAUUCCUGGAAAAUAUUCAUCUUUUGCAGAAAACUAUUGAGCAUGUGGAGCACACAUUAUCAGAUGUGAGCCAGUUCCAGUCUACCUUGUCUGAGAAAAGGGCUCAGCUGGAACGUCUGAAGAGCUUGGAAGAAAAACUUCGUUGUGAGAAAUAUGAAGUUGAAAGUUUGAAAGCAAAAUCUGCAGAAAUGCUAGCAAGUGGGCAGCAGGCACAGGCAGCAUCCCAGGCUCAGAAUAUCCUCAAGCAAUUUGAGAACCUCUCUGACCGAAUCAAGACCCUUCGUAUGGAGCGUGAAACACAAUACCGUGAUCACCGACACUACAAGGAGGCCUAUGAUGACCUUCAUGCAUUUGUUAACAGGACACGUGACAAGAUUCCUGCUCUCAAGCAGAGAAAUCUCGGUGACAGGCUCUCAAUAGAAACUGCUGUACAGGCUUUAGAUACACUUCUGACUAGACAGGCUCAAGGCCAGAUUUUGGUUGAUCAACUAUUCCACCGUGGAGAAGUAUUCUUGCACUCGACUUCACCAUCUGGACAGGAAAUCUACAAGAACGAAAUGCGAGCAGUUAAAGAAAGUUUUGAAGAGCUGUUCAAGGAAAUCAGUAAACAGAAAGAUGUUCUUGAAAAUACUGUUGUUCAAUGGCGUGAUUAUAAGGAUGAAUAUGAGAAGCUCUCAGACUGGUUGCAGAAGGCUGAUGCUGACAUGAAGGCCUAUAAGACCAUGCUUUAUGCAAGCAUUGGAGAAAAGACACAACAGGUCAACAAUGUGAAGGAAUUGCUUGAAAAUCUUGGAAAACAUCAGACUCAGCUGAAGAAGCUUAAUGAGCUCUCUCAAACCCUUCAGGAAACUCAUCUUGAUUCAUAUGUCCAAAAUCAAAUGAGGCACUUGAACUCUCGAUAUCAGGUGUUGAUUAAUAUGGCAAAAGAUGUCCUCCGUAAGGUUGAAGCUAGCUUUGACCAACAUAGACAGUAUGAGAGUUAUCUGAGUAAAGCAAGAGAAUGGAUUGAUAAUGCUCAGAUGGUUGUAAGGGACUGUGUAGACAUGUCUCCAGAUUCAGGUAAAGAGAGCUUGGAAAGACAUCUGGAAAUGAUUCAGUCUCUGAUGCGAAAGCAAGAGGAAGGCCAGUCUCUGGUUCACCAGGCUAUUAACUGGGGUGAAAAGGUCCUUAGAAAUACUCGUGCUGAUGGACGUGAUCUGAUCAAUGAGAACCUGGAAGAUCUGCAGUCAGACUGGGAUCGUCUGAUAAAGAAACUUUCCAGUGCUAAGGUUACUCUAGAAACUAACCUUCUCCAAUGGGCCGAUAUGAGUGUAUCAUACACCAAUAUGCAACAAUGGAUCAGUGAAAGAGAAGCGAAGUUACAGCAACUUGCCACUGCGAUUGCUGCUUCUUAUAAGAGGGGAUCAGGUCUUUCACCCAGAAUAUCCACUCUUAGUAUUGGAGAAAGAAAAGCCAAUCUGCGAAGAACAAACAGUAUUGUACAAGAUAUUGUUUCCUUCGAGCCAAUGAUUGAAUCUGUUACAUCCAAAGCAACAGAGAGCCAAGCUAGCCAAGUGAAGCAUAAUGCUUCUGAGAUAUCAAGUAAGUACCUUAGUCUCAGUAAGCAGGCCAAGGAGCUUCUUGAAAAACAGCAAGAUAUGGUUGAUCAUCACCAAGAAUUUGUAGAUGCUGGCAAUGAGUUCAUGCAUUGGCUCAGAGCUGCUAAGGAACGUAUGGCAAAAUGUGCAGAACCUACCGGUGAUAAGGACACAAUAAGUGGCAAAGCAACUGUUCUGAAGUUAUUGCAAAAUGAACAAGAAGAAGGUCAAAAGAAGCUGGACAAAGCCUUCUCCUUGGCAGAAAGGGCUUGUAAUUUAGCAGAUGAUGAGGAUAAAGAAGUCAUUGAAGAGGAGGUAGCAUUUUUGCAAGAUGAAUUUGAUACCUUCUUGGGACAACUUGGCAAAACAAAGAACCUGUUGGAAAUGGGCAUUGUGAAGUGGACGGAAUAUGAAGAUAAGUUCCAUGAAUGUGAAGAAUGGCUUUCAAAAAUGGACACUAAUGUGCAAAGCUAUAACAAGCUACAGAACACUGUAUUGGAAAAGAGAGCGGUAUUAGAAGAAUUCCAGUCAUUGCUUCAGAAUAUAUUUGACUGGCAGAAGACACUAGAUCUACUCAACAUGCGUGCACAACUUCUUCUAGAGACCUGCGCUGACUCACGAGUCAGUAAUGCAGUCACUCAGCUCACUACAAAGUACAACACCCUCCUUUCCUUGGCAAAGGAGGUGAUGAGGCGCCUCGAGAUGCACUUCCAAGAGCAUCAGCAACACAAUCAGCUUUACAGUGAAUGUAAAGACUGGAUUGACCGUACUCGUAGCAAGCUCCAGGCGUGUGAAGGGGAAGCAAAUACCCUGUCUGAACUCGGUGAAAAGCUUGCUGACAUCAAGAUUAUCAAGAAUUCAUUAGAACAAGGUCAGCACAAGCUUCGGUAUGUUUUGGAACUCAAGGAACGUGUCAUAAUGAACACAGAACAGUCUGGAGCUGCUAAGAUCCAAGAUGACACAGAAAAUAUAAGAAUUGAAUUUGAAAAACUUAUGUCUGAUAUAUACAAUAUGCAUCAGAGCAUAAGUACGAAGUUGUCCAGACGUGAGGAGACAGACAAAAUGCGCGAAACUGUCUUCGAAUGGCUGGAUGAGCUUAGUUUGAAAGCCUCAGAACAUGGUGUACUUUUCAGUGAACUCAGUGAUAAAAGAGCUGCCUUGGAAAAAUACCGCAUUCUCUUGCGUGACAUAGCAGCUCACUUCGACAUGGUAGAACGUCUUGCUGCCAAAAGGAACGAUGAGGGAUACUCUCAAAAUGAGGUUGAUGAGUGUCUCAACAGAUAUGACACGAUUAAGAAGUUGGUUAUUGACAACAUUAAAACUCUCGAAAUCUACGUCGGAGAGCACGAAGCCUAUUACUUGGCCUUGUCUGAAGCUAACGACUGGUUGCGAAAAAUCCGCAUCACUGUCCAGCAGUACGCAGACAGCCAUGGUGAAAGAAAGGAAGUGAUUGAAAGACAGCAACAGCAGGAGGAUAUUGCUGAGGAGUUCCAAGAAGGUGAAGAGCUGGUCAGCAAAGCCCUUGAACUGAACAGGUCAAUCAUGUCAAGUACGUCUGAAGAGGGCAAGGACACCCUGACCUCUGAAUCUCGAAACCUCAACGUCGAGUGGGAAACCAUUCAGCAGACGAGUAGAGACAUUCGACGCACAAUGGACAAAUGCCUUCAGACUUGGGAUGAGUUCACCGACUCGUACAAUGAAUUCAACAGUUGGCUCUCAACCUUCAGGGAAAAAGUUUCUCACCAACCGGAUGAACCAACUCCCGAAGACCUUGAAACAUGGAAGAAAUCUUUGCAGGAACUCCUGAACGAGGCCAACAACAAGAAGAUCUACCUGGAGGUCGUCAACGACAGGUGCGAAGUGCUGAUGGAUUACAGCGCCCACGCUCCCAUCAGGGACAUGACUGUCCAGCUGCAGUCGGAGUAUACCAAUGUCCUUACCAACCUCCAGAGUAUGGUGGUAAUCGCUCAGAAGACCCUGACGGACCACACCGAGUUUAUCACGGCCAAGGAAGAAUUUGAGAGAUGGCUGGCCCGUUCACAAGGCACCGUCAAUGACUGCCAGGAAGGCUCAGGGUCAGAAGCACAGGUGCGUGAGAAACUAGAUACUGUCAAGUCAGUUGUGGCAACAAGAUUGUCUGAGGGUCAGCAUUUACUAGGUGUUCUUGCUGAGGCAUAUACUAGAGCCAUCAACCUAACUCAGGUUGAUCAACAAGAAGCCAUUCGUCAAGAGUUUACUAAGCUUCGAAAUGGCUGGGAUCAGCUGAAUAUUUCUCUCAAUUCUACGCUCUCCAACUUGAAAAGCAGUGUCAGCCGCUGGGAAGAGUUUGGCGAAGCUCAGACAAGGCUGAGUGCCUGGCUAGUGGAACUCGAAGAGCACUUGGUUGAGACCCCAGAUUCCAGAGGAGAAUUUGCUGAGAUGAAGACAUUGCUUGAGCGAUACAAACACAUCAGCCUCCAGAUCCAUGAGAAGCACACUGAAGUUCAGAAUCUUUCCGACGAUGCUGAGGAGUUUGCCAAAAAGGCAUCAGAUGAGAAUAUACUGAACCAGGCCGAAGAAAUCGAAACCAAGUGGAAUCAUCUCAAUGAUCGGUGCAACGAAAUCAUCUCGAAACUGGAAGAAGAGAUCGCUGACUUCAAUGAUUACCAGGUUGCCCUGCAAGACACUGAGAAAUGGCUCUUGCAGAUCAGCUUCCAGCUCAUGGCAGAAAAUUCACUGUACAUUUGCAACAGAGAACAAACUGAAGAGCAAAUAGAGAGUCAUGAUGAGGAGUUGAAGGAGAUUGUUGAAUACCAGCAGACGCUUGACGAAGUCAAGAAUAAGGGUAGAAAGCAGAUUGACCGAUACAUUGGUACAAUGCCUUCUAUUCAGGAUAAAAUUGAAAGGCAACUUCAUAACAUCCAAGAAAGUUACAAUUCUCUUCUUGGCACGGCCAAUCAUAUUCAGAAGCGACUAAAUGAGUCUUUAGCCAAAUUCGAAGAAUAUGAGGCUACCCUUGAAUCCAUCCAGAAGAACCUUGAGGAAUGGGAGCCUACCAUUAUGGAAGAAAACGACACAACUAUUCAGACAAUGGAAGAGGCCAAAUAUCAUUUGGAAUGCACGAGAUCAUGGCAUAGCAAGCUUUUGGGUGAAAAAUCUCGAUUGGCAUUUGCUGUGCAAGCCUGCGAAGCUGCUACUGCUUCAAUCUCCAGACCAGGAUCCCCGCAAGAUGUUAUUUCACAGUCUAUCCCAGAAAGGGAGCUGACUGUAAGAGCUAAGUUGGAAGACCUCAUUGACCAGGUACAAGCCCGUGUGCAGACCAUCAGCAGCUCUGUGAGUGAACUGGAGGAGCUGGGUCGCCAGAAUGAUACCAUCAGGAAGUGGAUUGAGGAAUAUCACAUUAUUGUCCAGGACUUCAAGAGUCGACCUGCAAAACUUCGACCUGAAGCCUCAACCACUGAAAUAUCACAAAUGAAUGACCUCCGUUCAAAGAUCUUGGAGAAACAGGCCAUCUUGGAUGAGCUGGAGAUCAAGCAAAUGAACUUAGCUCCUGAUAUGGCAGACUCAGACAAUCGCGAGCAGCUGAACCGCCUGGAAGAAGAAGUCACUAUUCUCAUCGACAACAGAACUGCAGUUCUUCAACAGAUUGAAGAGUACAGAAGCAAGCUUCAAAUGGUUUACAGUUGGUUUGAUACCAUCAUUAAGCAGUUAGAGAAAUGUGACAAGUCAGACAGCCAAGAUUCUUUCAGGAAGUCUGAAGAGGUGCAACAACUGUGGAACCAGUUUGAAGAUGCACAUACCCAGCUGGAUGAACUGAAGAUCAAGGCCGGUGAUGUCAUGCUAGAACUGUCCAGCUUGGAUGUGCAGCAGGUUGAAGAACAGUUGCGAUCUGUGGAGAAGAAGUAUUCUGACCUUCAGAAGCGUGUGGGUAAGAAGAUGCAGGUGAUAGAGAUGACCCGGAAAGGUUUCGAAGAUACAAAGAUGGAUAUUGUGAAUUUGCAACAAUGGACUAAAGAUAAACUCGAUUUUAUCAGAGAGCCUCCACAGCUUGGCUACACCAGCAAGAGCACUGAAGUCAAGCUCCAAGAGAUAAAUAAUCUCGUCAAAGAAGUCUCAGCCAAGAAAAUGCUCCUUACACAGCUUGAAAAGGCUGUUGAGAACCUCAAAGGUGAUGUGGAAGAUUCAGAGCUGGAAAAUCUUGACAACAUUCUUAGUAAAACCGAGGAUCAGGGAACUCUUCAUACUCAUGUCAUGGAAGUCAAGAAUUCCAUGAUAGCAUCAUAUGAGGAACGACGCAGUUUUGAGCAAGUGUUGGAGGAGGUUAAGUCAUGGCUGACGCUCAAGAACGAUGAAAUUGUUUGCCCAGAUGUCCUUCCACUCAAGUCUGAAAUUGCAGAGCGUAUUGUCGAUAAAUACAAGCGCUUUGACACUGAGUUACGGCAGUAUGCAGAUACCAAUGUGGCUGGAGCCAAGAGACAAGGAAGUGCUUUGUACAAAGAUUGUUCUGAUGAAGAAAAGAAUGACCUGCAUGCCAUCCUAGAAGACCUUGAUGAAAGGAUGAACAGCACGCGGCAAACACUGUCCGAAACAAUUAACUUCCUUAACAACUUGCUUGAUGCUCGUAAAGAAUUUGAAAAGGAAGUCGACAUUAGUCAAAAGUGGCUCCAUCAAGCAGAAGUUGCCAUGCAGACAGACAUCAGGAGUCUCAAUACUGCUGAUGUUUUAGCUGAACAGCUCAAGAAACUGAAGAAGAUGGAAGAUGAACGGGACUCAUCAAACAAGAGAGUCAUGGAUAUAGCUAAUAUGUGUGAAGAGCUCCUGCCAUACCUCACUGAAUCUGACAAAUUUGGUCUCGGGGAAACUGUCAGAGACCUUCAGGAUAAAACAACCAGAAUCAAUUCUUCAAUUGGUGAUAAGACAGAACAGGUUCGCAACACCAUAAUGCAGCAGAGACGUGCUACUGAACGCAUUGUUCAGUUCACUCAGCAUUUCUCUACUGUCCAGAAAGAGAUUAAGGUUCUGAAUAAACCAGUUGGUCAUACUCUUGAAGAUUCCCAGGAACUUUUGACCUCCUAUCAAGAUGCUCUUACCAAACUUAAUGAAUUCAGGAAAAAUAUGGAUGAGGCUUCUGGGUCUUCAGAAAUGAGUGCUGGAGAAAUGAGGGACGUUAAUCAACAGUAUCAUGAGCUUUCUUCAGUGAUUGAAAGGCAGAUAACCAGAGUUCGUCAACAGAUCCUUCUUAGGCAACAGUAUAACUCUCUUAUCAUUGAGAUCAAUGGCUUUGUCAAUCGUUAUACAACUGUAGUGAAAGACAUUGAACAAACAGAAAAGACAGUGACUGAUAAACUCAAGAAGUAUAGUGACGUCAUCACUAGGAUACAAGAGUGUGAAGCUCAGCUAACUUCAGCGCAAGACAAGGGUGCAAUGAUUAGUCAAGAAGGUACUGCUGAGGACCAUAAUGCUAUCACAGAACAAGUACAGGCAGUUAAGACAUCUUUAAGUGGUCUGAGACGUGAAGUGGAGAAGAGAUAUUCAGAGCAUGAAGUUACUGCUGAAACGCAUAAGCGUAUCCAAGCUGAACUGAACAUGGCUAUGGAAUGGCUGUUUGAACAAGAAUCUGAGAUGAAGACUCGACCACUUCUUACGCUGGAUGUUGAGAGUGCAGAUGAGGAGCUGGACAGCCAUGAAGAACUAGCUGCUGACAUUGAAGAACAGCUAAAGAAAAUUCGAGCCAUUCAGGAAAGGGCCAAGAGUGAAUCUGGUUUGCCAUAUAUUCUUCAAGAAAGACUAUCAGAGGCUAAUAUGGUUGUUUCUACAUUCCCCCUUGAGCUUGAAAGCAGACUGAAAUACUUGAAGGAUGCAAAGAUGUUGAGAAUUGAUUAUGAAGACUUUACAACAAAAAUCAGCAACUGGAUAAAUGAAGCACGUAAACGUAUCAUAGAUGAAGAUGGUGUUGAUUAUGAGAAUGUGAGGUCAGAACUGGAAGAUCAUUUGGGAUAUUUCUCAAGCGAAAGGAUAAUUGGCGAAUCUCUUGAACAGCUAGGAAAUAUUGCUGAGAGAAUUGUCCCAUCACUGACAAAUGAAGACCAAGAGGUAUUAACAGAAGAACUUGCAAAGCUCACCAAAGAUCUGGAUGAUGUAACCAAAGCAGCAAGGGAUCAUAAGGCUUACCUGGAAAAGAGUGUGCAACUUGCAACAGAAUACAACAAUCUUCUGGAAAAGGCUAAAGGGCUUAUUGGCGAUAUUGACAGCAAUACCCUUUAUGAUGACAGUGCCAUUAAUGUAGCAGCACUUCGCAUCAACUUACAGAGGCUGGACGAAGAACGAGUCCGCCUCUACGACAAGAGUCACAUCAUCCAAGACUACACUGAAAAGUCCAAUGAGCUUCUUCAGCAGGCUGUGAAAUCAAACCAGAUAUCUAUAGGUAACCAGUUGCUCCAGAUCACUAAAGACUGGAAGACCUCCCUAGAAGAAAUGGACAGUCGCAGAGAAGCUCUGUCUUCUCUCAUCAGUCAGUGGCAGGACUACGACUUGGCAGUCCGAAGCCUCGAGGUCGGCUUCAACAAUCUUGAACAGCGCCUCAACAAGGAGCUUGACCCAACAACUACAAAUGACUCUGACAUCGAUACUGUUAAAGCCACUGUCCAGUCUUUGGAAGAGGAAGCCGAAGAACUCGGGGAGGAAGUCGAAGGUCUCCAGAAGAGGUCUGAGGGCGUCCUGUCGUACUUGCACACCGUCAGCGCAGUCGCCUACGCCAACGUCAAGGGCAACCUGGAGAGGCUGGUCCGCCGUCAUCCCGAGUUGGUCGAGAGCCUCCGAGGGAAGUUAACCUGGUUGAGCGGCGAGGCGUCCUUCAUCGAACACCUCCAGGGCCAGUUGGCGAACGCGAGGAGGACCCUCCAGGAAGCCACGAGUGAAAUUGCCGCCGUCGACGUCUAUCACCACGACCACAGCGCCGUGCAGGAUAAGCUCCAAAUCAUUGGUCAUCGCGUGUCUGAAGCCGCUGGUGAGGCCAGACAGCUCAUAUCCAAGACCAAGAGCCACUACAUAACAGAGGGGCGAUCCCUUCCGCAGGAGAUUGGAACACAGCUAACGAGUCUUGAGUUGGAGGCUGAAAGUGCAGUAGCCAAGAUGGAGGAUGAACACCAGGAAGCGAAACGAGCUCGCACCAUCCGCUUCGAGUACAAUCGGGACGUGGAGUCGGUACAGUCGUGGAUUCAGUCUGCUGAGGCCAAAGUGCAAGACAAGAGCGUAGAGCCUCACACUCUCAAAGAAUUCUUGCAGGAAAUUCAUUGCGAAAUAGGCAGCGUCACGGACCAACUGGAACGACUGACUCGCCAUGGCCACAUGAUAUGCCAGAGGACCAGUAACCAGAACGAGAGGGAACUUGUAUCCAAUACGAUUGCAUCAUUGACUGAUCAGCUGCAACAGGUUCGAAACUGGUUGGAAGAUAAGAAGGCUCAGGUUGGCGACUCUCUAGAAUCAUGGCAAACGUUCAUUCAGCUGUAUAAUUCACUGCGCAGCUGGGUCGAAAGGCAGAGGAACUUCCUCUCGGAACCAUUGAAAUUUGCCACCUUACCUGAGGCACGUGGAAAGCUGCAGGAAUAUGCUGCUGCGGUGAAAGACUGCAAGUGGGCCAACAAGCAAGUAUCCGAGAUGACCUCCGAACUGGCAAAGAUAAGUCAGGUCUCCAAUGUCGGACCACUGACGGACAAGCAAGCAGAGAUGGAGCAAGAAAAGUCAGACGUUGAGAGCAACCUGAAGGAGGUCAUGGCCUUAUUGCAAGAGAUGGCUGAAGAAUGGGAGCAGUGUGAACGCAAAUCCAAAGACGUGGCUAGCUGGAUUGAGAAGACGCGGCAGUCGCUAGACAAUCCACAGAACAAGAAACGUUCACUGCGCGACCAGUUGGCCGCUCGCGAAAAGGUUCUUGCGGACGUCACCAUCCAGAAGACCAAGCUCGUGAUGGCCAUGGAGAAGCUGCAAGUUCACUUCCGUGACCGGAUGUGUGCUGAGGCUCAGGUGUCCCACGAAAAUGAGCAGCUACAGAUGCGUUUGGAGGAGCUGCAAGGAACUGUGAAGGAAGAUUGUAAGACGUUGGAGGCAUGUGUCCACCAAAUGGAUGCCUACCAACAGGAAAUACAAAGAUUAAGGCAGCAGAUGGUUGGGGUGGAGCAACAGCUGCGUUUAGUGUCGAGUCCCACUUAUAGUCCCCGUGAUAGGGAUAAGGCAGUGGCAGAGCAGAACGUGCUCCAAGGCCAGUAUGAAUCGCAGCAACGACAAAUUGUCGAGCUCACCGAACGAAUCUACCAGAUUGACCCCUGUGCGGUGAUUCCGACCGAGCUAUUGCUUGAGACGACCGAAACGAGCACUCUUACUUCUUCGCUUGAUAUGCAACCUGAGGAGGAGGCCCAAAUCUCAUCCAUGCAACCCAGAUCAGACCUCACUGAACCUCAUCCCCAAGAUGUUCAAGUAGUAAUCACUCAAGAAAUAUCAAGUAGUGACAUUGAUGGCGUAGAUAAUGAAGUGAAAUCCCUAACUUCUAUGAAGAGCAGCAUUCAACAACAGUCAUCUUCAGUACUUAUUAACCCCGAUGCUAAUUUACCAUUAACUUGGGCAGAUGUUGCUGCAGGACGUAAAAGCCCAGGAGUGUUUGGUCAAGCUUUUACUGAUAACUCAACGCAGCAAGUAUCCCAAGCAUCAGUGUCCAUGACAACAUCUCAAAUAUCAUCUGUAUCAAGCACACCAUCUUUAGCUGAUGACCAAAGCAGACAAGAAGCCUCUACAAUUAUAGAUAAAGAAAGCAUUGCUGUUGUCAAAGAACAAUAUGAUAUUCCAAAAGAGGAAAAGCAGCAGCCUGCACAUUACAAAGCACGACAGCAGCAUUAUGGAAGAACCCAUAAACCUGAGGCUUACGAACAAGAUGUUAGAUCAGCCAGGUACAUACAAAACCGUGAAAGACGUGUUCGUAAGAAACCUCCUGUAGAGCAGCAGAGUGAUGUAUGUCAUUCAGCAGAAUCCCAAGAAGAGAUUUACUAUGAUGCUCCAAGCCGGAGAAGCAGUAGAAGAAGCAGCCCAAGAAAUGUACCUUAUUCAAGAACAAGAUUUAGUCCAAGGGAAAGCCCUAAAGAUACUCCUAUGGUAACACCCAAAACCAGUCCAACAGAUAGCCCAAAAAUGAAUCCUCAAGUUGUACAACAGGAAUCAGCAAAAAUCGUUACUGUAAGUAAACAAGAACAGCCAAUGACAACACAUGAAAAGUCCUUCACCUUUGCUACCCCAUUUUGGGAUGGUAAGAUAACUUAUGCAGAUAUUUUGAAGGGUAGAAUAGAAAUGAAAUCUCAACAUGAAGGACAGACCUAUGUCUCUCCAAAGGUAAUUGAGUUUCACUCAUCCUCAGACAAAAGUGAAACAGGUGAAACAGAUUUAAAUCAGUUAGGAGAUGAAAUUGUAUCAUCUGAAGCUUACAUGGAGAGUCUAGAACAGACAGUUCCUGAAGAGGCUAGUGUAACCAUGGAUGAAUAUGCUAUGCAAGAAAUGAUACCAGAUAGUGUGAACACAGAUAUACCACCACCAGCUGAACCAUUAGAGGAAACUGCAACUUGUAUGCAGUCAUACCCUGGUUAUAUUGAAGAAACCCCAUAUCUAACAGAAAGCAUUUCAAUAUCACAGCCUCAUGAUCCCACAUAUCAGCAAGCUGUCAGGAUGUCCAUGUUUCAUCAUGAAUAUCCAGUUGGCGUGCAAACUAUGCAGCCUCCUGUAGAAACAGUAGAGAGCUCUAUGCAAGUUAUGUCAAUGGGUAAUGAAGUGAACAAUAUGACAUUUUAUCAGGAUCUAGGCCAAUAUCCUGUAACUACGAGUUAUAUUCCAGAUGGACUUAGUGUACAGACCUAUACUCAACAAAUGAAUGAUUAUCAAGAGCCCACUGAAGCAACUAAUGAGUAUCAAACUAUUCCUAUUGACCAAGCCCCCUCAGAGGAACUCACAUCAAGAAUGAUGUCUGUUGAAAGAGUUUUGACCCCACCCAUGAUAACGCCACCUGAAACUCCCGAACAGUAUCAUGAAGAUGAGGAAAUAGAAAAUAAUGACAUUACAGAAGUGCCAUCUAUGAUUUUUGAGUCCUCUUCUGCACAAGAACAGCCUACAGUUGAACAGGUUGUAGUUGAACAGACUGUAGUUGAAAGUAGACAGCCUACUUCAUCAGAGUCCACAUCAGUGUAUGAAACUUCACAGCCAGUAGAUAGAUCUAAGCUUUCAUAUGCUCAAAUAUUAGCUAUAGGCCUUAAAGCAGCACCAUCAGCUGUUGUCACACAUACGUAUGGAGCCUUCAAGUCCGUUAUGUCUUAUGUUAAAGGACCUUCAGUUCCUGAAAAACUUGAAAGGCGUGAAGAACCAUCUGUCAAAGUCAUGGCGCAGCAACAGACACCUAUAAUUCAUACAGAAAAGAGGGAAAGUAGUGAACAGCAGGAAAAGAAGUCUUUCGAGCCUGCAAUUACAGUGACGUCAGCUAAAGAUUCAGAUACACCGAAGGGGACUGAAGAUGCUUCUAAAUCAGAAUGUUACAUACCUGGCCUUUUAUUCAAAGAGAGUCCAAACCGAAGAUCAAGAUCCAAAAGUGCAAGAAGAAGAAAAGUUGAUGGGACUUCUGAACCCUGUGAAAGAGAAUCAUCAAAAAUGAGAAGAGAUCACAAAUCAGAAAAGGUUAAUGAACCGGUGAUAGUGAAAGAAGUUGAAUAUGCAGAGGAACAGUUUGAUGAGAUUGACCUUCCAUUUGAAGAGAACACUGAGAUUGACAUAACAGUAGAAACAAGUCAAAAUAGAACUGAAAUCACAUAUGAAACUAAAGAAACGAAGUGUAAUGAAACACAUGUCAUUCAGCCUGAUGUGAAGCUUGAAGACAAGAAAUCUACCUCUGAUAAAGAAGUAUUACAGGCACCGACUUCAAAAGCAGCUGAUGGUGAGGACAAACGCAGGAAAAAGAAGAAACGCAACAGAUCAAGAGCAAAGGAUGAGGAAGAUGAUUUGGAAAAGGCACUUCGAGAGAUAGAAGAAAUGGAGAAAAGUGGUAAGAUCCAACCACAUCCAUCUCAAAAGGCUUCAAGUGUACCUCCUGAUGAUGACAAACCAAAGAGAAAGGGCUCUAGAAAGUCUAAGAAAACUGAGCUGCUAUCAACUUCUAAGACAGAAUCACAAACUUCUUUGGACAGUCUGACUAAAGAAGAGAAGUCUGAGGUUAAAAGUAAGACAAAUAAAGCUGAAAAGAAAAAAUCAGCAAUGACCCGAAGCACAGAAAUGGACACAAAAACUGGGCAGACGUCCGAAACUGAUACACAAAAGACUGCAAGUAAGGAAACCAAGAAGGAUAAAGGAAAUGUAAACAAUAUAUCCAAAGAAAAGGAUUUAGAUGAGAAUGUGAGGAGUCUUAAGCAGAAAACUACGAAAACUAAAGAGAUCAAACCUGAAACACUUGUCUCUGUCGAUACUUCACUUAUUUCAAAACAUACUGUGGUCCAACCUGUAGCUGUAGCAGUACCUGAGCAAGUGGCAAAGUCCUAUAAAGAGCUUCCUAACAGUGACCCUAUUGACCUCACAUCACCAACUCACCCUGACCCCUCCACCUUAGAAACUUUAGCUCCUGUAGAUACUAGCAAUGUAUCUUCAGUAGAGGCAUCUGUUCCCCCUUCUACAUCCUAUGAAGAUAAGGCUAGUGCUAGGCAUGUUAGAAACCCAUUCAUGGAGGUGUUUCAGAACCAAGAAAAACUGUCCUCAGUUGAAGAUUUGAUGAACUCUCCCUUGAGAGAAUCAUCUUCAUCCCUUGUAGAUGUAACUCAGUCCAGUGCCAGUGUUGGAUGUGAAAAGGAGGAUAAGACACUUCAAAAGAGUAAAGAUUUGAAGAAAAGUUUCGAGAUUUUACAGCAAACAUCUCAAAUCAGUAUAGGAAGUGUGAAGUCUCAGAGCUGUGAUAUGAAUGGUUCUGGUACAUCACAAGAUGAGAAUAUUUCUGCAGAAAUUAGCAAAGAUGAAGUUAACCAGGAAAAUGUUUCGAGUGUAAAGCGUGCAUCUCCAAAACCAUUUAAUUUACCUGUCCCGGAGCAUGCAAAUGAUUGGAUGCAGAUAGUUGAGGAAGGUGGUUUUACUUUAGAUGAUGAAGAUAUGGAGUGUGAUGUUAAUGAUCAAAAAAGAGUUGUAGAAGGUAGUGAAGCUCCAGAAGUGCUGUUAAGUGAAAAAUUUAGUAAGAAUGUCAAUGAAAAAAUUUUGACAACAGAAAACGUGAUUGCUGGUAAACCUGUGGACACUAAAGAAGUUGAUGAAAAGUGCGGAGUUAACACAGAAAAAUCUAGGGAGUCACCAUGUAAAUCUGUCACAACAUUAUUCACAAGUGAGCCUGAAAUUACAACCACAUCAUCUCAUACAGUAAUAAGAAAGAGAAUUAUCAAAAAGAUAGUAAUUAUUGAUGGUAAACCAGUGGAAACAGAAGAGGCCGUUGAAGAACCUGUGGAUGUAACUGAUGAGAUGACUGAGGAAUUACCUAGAGAGAAAAGUGUAACUACUGAAACUAUUUGUGAACCAGAUGUUACAACCACAACUAUUCGAAAGGUUAUAAGAAGGAGAAUCAUCAAAAAGGUUGUAAUUAUUGAUGGUAAACCUGUGGAAACAGAAGAGGUUGUUGAAGAACCUGUGGAUGUAACUGAUGAGAUGACUGGGGAAUUACCUGAAGAAACUGUAACUACUGAAACUAUUUGUGAGCCAGAUGUUACAAACACUGUUCGUAAGAUUAUAAGAAGGAGAAUUAUCAAAAGAAUUGUGAUUAUUGAUGGUAAACCCGUAGAGAAAGAAGAAGUUGUUGAAGAACCUGUGGAUGUAACUGAUGAGAUGACUGGGGAAUUACCUGACGAAAGCGUAACUACUGAAACUAUUUGUGACCCAGAAGUUACAACCACAACUGUUCGUAAGGUUAUAAGAAGGAGAAUUAUCAAAAGAAUUGUGAUUAUUGAUGGUAAACCCGUAGAAAAAGAAGAAGUUGUUGAAGAACCUGUGGAUGUAACUGAUGAGAUGACUGGGGAAUUACCUGAAGAAAGUGUAACUACUGAAACUAUAUGUGAGCCAGAAGUUACAACCACAACUAUUCGUAAGGUUAUAAGAAGGAGAAUUAUCAAAAGAAUUGUGAUUAUUGAUGGUAAACCCGUGGAAACAGAAGAGGUCGUUGAAGAACCUGUGGAUGUAACUGACGAGAUGACUGGGGAAUUACCUGAAGAAACUGUAACUACUGAAACUAUUUGUGAGCCAGAAGUUACAACCACAACUGUUCGUAAGGUUAUAAGAAGGAGAAUUAUCAAAAGAAUUGUGAUUAUUGAUGGUAAACCCGUAGAGAAAGAAGAAGUUGUUGAAGAACCUGUGGAUGUAACUGAUGAGAUGACUGGGGAAUUACCUGAAGAAACUGUAACUACUGAAACUAUUUGUGAGCCAGAUGUUACAACCACAACUAUUCGUAAGGUUAUAAGAAGGAGAAUUAUCAAAAGAAUUGUGAUUAUUGAUGGUAAACCCGUGGAAACAGAAGAGGUCGUUGAAGAACCUGUGGAUGUAACUAACGAGAUGACUGGGGAAUUACCUGAAGAAACUGUAACUACUGAAACUAUUUGUGAGCCAGAAGUUACAACCACAACUGUUCGUAAGGUUAUAAGAAGGAGAAUUAUCAAAAGAAUUGUGAUUAUUGAUGGUAAACCCGUAGAGAAAGAAGAAGUUGUUGAAGAACCUGUGGAUGUAACUGAUGAGAUGACUGGGGAAUUACCUGAAGAAACUGUAACUACUGAAACUAUUUGUGAGCCAGAUGUUACAACCACAACUAUUCGUAAGGUUAUAAGAAGGAGAAUUAUCAAAAGAAUUGUAAUUAUUGAUGGUAAACCCGUGGAAACAGAAGAGGUCGUUGAAGAACCUGUGGAUGAAGCUGACGAGAUGACUGGGGAAUUACCUGAAGAAACUGUAACUACUGAAACUAUUUGUGAGCCAGAAGUUACAACCACAACUGUCCGUAAGGUUAUAAGAAGGAGAAUUAUUAAAAGAAUUGUGAUUAUUGAUGGUAAACCUGUAGAGAAAGAAGAAGUUGUUGAAGAACCUGUGGAUGUAACUGAUGAGAUGACUGGGGAAUUACCUGAAGAAACUGUAACUACUGAAACUAUAUGUGAGCCAGAUGUUACAACCACAACUAUUCGUAAGGUUAUAAGAAGGAGAAUUAUCAAAAGAAUUGUAAUUAUUGAUGGUAAACCCGUGGAAACAGAAGAGGUCGUUGAAGAACCUGUGGAUGUAACUGACGAGAUGACUGGGGAAUUACCUGAAGAAAGUGUAACUACUGAAACUAUUUGUGAGCCAGAAGUUACAACCACAACUGUUCGUAAGGUUAUAAGAAGGAGAAUUAUCAAAAGAAUUGUGAUUAUUGAUGGUAAACCCGUAGAGAAAGAAGAAGUUGUUGAAGAACCUGUGGAUGUAACUGAUGAGAUGACUGAGGAAUUACCUGAAGAAAGUGUAACUUCUGAAACUAUAUGUGAGCCAGAAGUUUCAGCCACAACUAUUCGUAAGGUUGUAAGAAGGAGAAUUAUCAAAAAGGUUGUAAUUAUUGAUGGUAAACCCGUGGAAACAGAAGAGGUCAUUGAAGAACCUGUGGAUGUAACUGACGAGAUGACUGGGGAAUUACCUGAAGAAAAAAACGUAACUACGAAAACUAAUUGUGAGCCAGAAGUUUCAGCCACAACUAUUCGUAAGGUUGUAAGAAGGAGAAUUAUCAAAAAGGUUGUAAUUAUUGAUGGUAAACCCGUGGAAACAGAGGAAGUUGUUGAAGACCCUGUGGAUAUGUCAGAAGUGAUCAUUGGCGAAUUACCUGAAGAGAGUAUCGUGCCUGGCACUACAAGUGAACCACUUGCAACUGAAGAGGUGCUCGAUGAAACAGGAAAUAUAACCAGUGUGACAGAAUCUGUGCCUUACACUAAAAAGACAGAGCAAGAGGAACCCAAUUUUGAUAACUAUGUGUCUCAUCCAGUCGACACCAAAAACCUUGCUGAGUUACCUGCAGGGAAAACGCAUCAUCGUAUAAUAAGAACAAGGAUAAUAAAGAAAAUAGUUUUAAUUGACGGUAAACCAGUUGAAUCAGAAGAAGUAGUUGAAGAACCUGAAGAUGUCACUGAAGAAAUGAAAGAUACCAUAAAGGUCGAUUCUGAUCUAGAAAGCACUGACUCUCCUGUGCGCAGGUUUGUUAACAGGAAAAUCAUUAAGAAGAUCUUCAUUGUUGAUGGUAAACCAAUAGAAAAGGAGUUUGUUGAGGAGCCAUGGGAGUUAACUGAUGUCAGGUCAGGUGAUGAUCAAGUAGCACAGAGAAUCAUGAGUGAGCUAGAUGACAAGUCAAAGAAAUCUUCCUUCAACUUACCAGUUCCUGAUCAUGCCAAUGAUUGGAUGGAAAUGAUAGAAGGUGGUGGCUUCUCCUUGGAAGAUGAAGAGAGUGAAGUGGAUGAGGGUAGAAAGGGAGAAAGUUCACCAAAAACAACUGAGGCAUCGGAAAAGCUUGACAAUGAAGGACAGACCUUGCCACCUGAGAAAUCAAAGGCUUUUGGUCUCCCAGUUCCAGACCAUGCAAAUGACUGGAUGGAGAUCAUUGAAGAGGGUGGAUUUUCUUUAGGUGAUGAGGAAGAACCAACACCAGCACCCUCUACUAAUGAAGAAAAAGAAGCUGGAAAGGGAUCAAACGAUCAAGAUGAUAAUCAGCAGUCCAAGGACUCAAAAGCCUAUGGUCUCCCAGUUCCAGAUCAUGCAAAUGACUGGAUGGAGAUCAUUCAAGAGGGUGGAUUUUCUUUAGAUGACAAAGAAGAAACCUCAGUCAAUGAUACUCCUGUAGUUGCUGACCUCGAAAAAGAAGAUGCAAAUGAACAUGAAACAAGUAAUCAAAAGAAACAGGUGGAUGUCAAAGUUCCAGCAAAAGAAAGCAAACUGGUGAGUGAUGAUGAUCAGGAAAAGAGCUCUGAUAAUGUGGCUCCUGUUAAUAAUGCUAAGUCUUUUGCAUUACCAAUUCCUGAGCAUGCAAAUGACUGGAUGGAAAUAAUUCAAGAAGGAGGUUUCACUUUAAGUGACGAAGAGGAAGCACCCGUUGAUACGUCGAGUCAUGCACCAGAAAACCUUGCUCCUUCAGCUGAAGUGCAUGAAACUGUCAAACCAGAUGUUGAAAAAGACAAGGUUGCAUUUGCACUACCUCUCCCAGAGCAUGCAAAUGAUUUUAUGGAAAUCAUUGCAGAAGGUGGCUUUAGUCUCGAAGAUGAAGAACCAGAAGAGACACCAUUAGAGGCAAAGGUUGAUCAGGCUCAAAAGAGAGAAGUACAUUUCCCUGUUUCCACUACAGACACUCCAACAACUUACAGCACCCUAAUCAAAUCGAAGCAUGUAGUCCAUGCAACUUAUGUUCCAAAUGAAAGUGCACUUUCUGAGAAGGGGAAAGAGCCUGCAAAACAAGAACCUCCUAAAUUAGAUCACGGCCAUAAGAAAGAAAUGAGAGAGCCUGGGAAAAAUUAUGAGAAUGAAGUGAGAGUAGCAAGUGUAGAAACCCCAUUUGCAAAUGUAGUGAUGGAGACUUCUAUUGAAAAGGGCAGCGAAGAUCUCAACUCAGUGCCUAAAGUUAAGGGACAGACUGUUUCUGAGUCGGAUGUUGCUGUGGUACAUCUUGACAUUGAAGAUACAGAAACAGAGGAUUUAACUGAUUUGUCUGAAACUUCAAGUGCAUUGGGAAAAUCUUUGUCAACAGAUAUUUCUAUUAAUUUCUCAGAUUCAACACCUCUCUUCUCAUUAGACUCUAACUUACCAUCCUCUGCAAGUCCAUUGCCUUCUGUUAGUGACGCCAGUGACAUUGUUUUAACACCACAGUGGAUGAGACAGAGGCCAAUAACUCGAACAUCUAGCACUGAAGAAAAUAUGAAAACUCCACUUGAGGAAAGAAAGAAACUGUUCAAAACUAGAAGUGCUCCUUUGGAGAAUACUGUUAAUGUAACUUCUGAUAUUGAGAAAGAACUUAUAAGCUUGGAUACCACAGAUGCUAUUUUUGGAUCAGUUCAAGAGAGGAAGAGCAAAUCUGCAGAUGAAGAUCAUCAGACCCUUGGUGAUGGUUCUCUGGUUUCAAUUCCUGGUGAUGAAUACUACAAAAACAAGAAGAAAAAGCCAAGGAAAGCUAAAGGCAAGAGAGCUGAGCCUGAAGGGGUUUCUGGUAUCAGUGAGAAUUCCGGAGAUGGGCUGUGCACAAAGCCAUCUCCCAAGAAUGCAGAUUUAGAUAAUGUGAAACAAGAUAUUACUCAGUCUGUGAUGGAAGGAAAGCAAGAAUUGACACAUGACAUCACUUCAGACCUCAAAGAUAUGGCAGAAGCACCAUGUCCAGUAACUGACCUUGUGAAGCCAGAAGUAAAAAGUCAUCCAAUGAAUUUAAGAGAAAAGGAAAGAACAGAAAAGGAUAUAAAUAAAACUGGUGUUCAGCCAAGUAAGGCAGUUACUGAUAAAGUCUCUGAAAUUCAAGAAUCUACUGAAACAACAAAUGUUAUAAAGAAUAUAUCAGAAAAUGUUAUUUCUGUUAAUGAUACCAAUGUAGAUUUGCAGCAAGUCAGUUUCAUUGCAGAGCAUCCCAUUAGCCAAGACAGUGAAGUAACCACGCAAUUACCUGGAGUUCUUGAGAAGAAAGAUGAACUGGGAUUACAAAGGAUAGUUCCUAACAUUGAAGAAGCCCUUCAUGAAGCAAUGACAUCUGUUCAUCCAUCUGAUGUGAGGUCGCCAACACAAGCUAAAGAAGAAACUAAGCCUAAGUUUGAAAUGGCUUUACCUGAGCAUAUUAAUGACUGGAUGGAUAUAAUUGAGGAAGGUGGAUUUACUUUGGAUGAUGAAGAUGAAAGUGAAUUUGCCUCUGUUGAACAGGAGAAAACUCCAGCAGAACCUUCCAGUGAAUCGCCAGUGAUUCUAAUGGAAGACACAGAAGUGAUAUCACCUGAAGCAGACAUGGUUACAAUAGACAAUGGCUGGAAUGUCCUUCGGUCUGAGGAGGAAUCAUUCAUUAGCUUACCAAAUUUAGAAGGAUACCAGAAUUCUGAAGAUCAGCCUCAGGGAUCAUCUUAUGCUUCAAUUCUGAUUAAUACUCCUGCAGCUGUAACUGAAGAAGAACCAUCUGAAACUAAAAAGGCCUAUGUAUAUAAGAGUCCACCGAUAAUUCAGGUUACUGAGGAUGAAAGUCAUAAAACUUUAAACCCCGUUUCUUCUGUAGAUGAGGAAGGCUUUACUGCGUUCAUAUCCAAAAAGGAAAGGUAUAGGAGGAAGACACACAGUUCAUCCCAGAUAACAGAUGAAAUCAAAGAAGCAGUUGAUGCUGUAAUGGAGGGAAGUAAUAAGAUGAAAGACAAUUCUAAUCCUAAAAGAAGGGAGCGAACUACAAGUGGACGUUAUGAUGUACUUGCAAGUGAAGAGGAAGAAGAUUCUUCAGAUCAUCUAGAGACAGAAGUUCAAAAGCCUAAGAAAAAAUCAAAAGUAAAACAUGUUGCACCAAAGAAGACUGCAAAUAUCUCAGAGUCUGAACAGAAAAUGGAUAUGGUUCCAAUAAAACCCAAUACUGAUGAACUCCAUGGAGUUUAUCAUGAAGUAGAUGAACAUAGACUUUUUGCAGCAUUUUACCUUGGAUUGGAGCUUUGGUAUGAUGUGUUUGGUAUCCAAGAUGCAGAAAUGUGUUACAAUCAGUACAUGUCAAGACUGGAGCCUUCACAAGACAGAGACAUUGCUGCAGAAGUCACUUUGCCUGUUUCACAAGUUGUAGAGAAACCAUUAUUUUCUACAGUUGAUGAAGCUGAAAAGAUUCCUUUGAAUAUUCCAUCAGAGAACAGAAGUAGCUCUACUCAUGAUAUUAUUGAAAGCACAACUACUUCAGUCUGUGAAGAAUAUAUUCUCCAGACCCCAGUUCAAGAAAGUUGCUCAGUACAAAAUGUAAAAGACAAAGAACAGAAAUCUCAGGAAUCCCAACCAGUCACAGCACAAAAGGCAUUUGCACUACCUGUACCUGAUCAUGCUAAUGACUGGGUGGAAAUUAUUGAAGAUGGAGGUUUUUCUCUGGAGGAUGAAGAUACUGAUAAGCCUACUGACACUGUGGUGGAUACAUCCCUUCAGGUAUCAGCUGUCACUCAACCUACAGAAAUAAGCUCUGUACAAGAAAUUAAUAAUCCUUUGAUAAUGUAUGACAUUCAUAAUAUUCGUGAUGCUGAGGCUCGUUAUCAUGAGUACAGGUCCUCAGUAGAAAGGGAGACAGUAGAUGACUUGAAAAAUUAUUCUUCAGCACCCAAUAUUUCCUCAGUGGUUGAUUUGGAUAUAAGGAAAGAUCCUUCCACUGAAACCAGUUCAUCAUCUUGGGCUAACAUAGUUGCUACUGGAAAAACUAUCAUUACAGGUGAAGAUGAAGUGCUUGAAGAUGAUAGAACCAGAGUUAAGCACCAUCCCAAGCCAAUAAAAGUUGUAGUUACUGACGAAGAGCCACAUAAACCACAGCUUCAAACAGUAGUUGAUGAAGAUGGCUUUACUGAAUUUGUUUCUAAACAAGAGCGCCGUCGUCGCGUUCGCUCUACAUGCACUGAAGACAUCACUGAAGAUGUGAUUGAGUGCGUAUCAGAAACUAGGAUGCAAAAUUCUGAAGCAGCUGAUAAGAUAGAAAUGGAACAGAAAGGAGACCAUCAUGAUGUUGAAAAUGUAGACGAUAUGAGUGAAAAAUUAGGUGAAACUAAAGAUGCAAGAUCUGAAGAGACUUUAGAUUUAAGCAAGCCCAAUGUGACCGCAGAAGACAAGAAACUGGAUAGUGGUGCAAAGUUGGAAAUUACUAGCCCUUGUCAUGGAAUUAAGAACAUCGCUCUUGAAGAUCAACCAGAUGAUCGGAAAUCUGAAAGCCUCUCACCUUCUUCCGACUUAUUAGACUCAGGCUCACCACCCUUUGUUGUUGAAAGUAUUAAAGAACAAGAAUAUCCAUCCCAGAAAGAAGAUACAACAUCUUGGGCUAAUGUUGUUGCAAUUGGAAAGCCAGUAGCAACAGAAGAAAGUGAUGAAGAGACUAAAGAUGAUAAAGCCUUCAUUCUCUUACAUCGUAAAACUGUUAAAGUUGUUGUUACAGAUGAUGAGCCCAAACCUCAACUUGCAACUAGUGUAGAUGAAGAGGGCUUCACUGAAUUUGUUUCCAAACAGGAACGUCGUCGUCGACUUCGCUCAUCAUGUUCAGAAGAACAAGAAGAUAUCAUAAAGGAUAUUGUCCCAUAUGUACCAAGAAUAGAGUUGCCUGAAGUAGAGGUUGUUGAAGAAGAGGUCACCGUUUUGGAAGAUGUAAGCAAUGUUAAACAUACUGAGAGUGAUUCUGAUGAAGAACCUGCAAGUCUUCAAGGAAAAAGACCAGAAGAAAAGAAGAAAAGUCCGCAUGAAAUGCAGUUAAGAAAGCAAAGAAAGCGUACGCUUAGUAAUCGAAAACGUCAAAACUCAAAGCUCUCAGAAGCUGAACGAGAGGUUAAUGAAAUACUUCGACAGAUUGGCCAUGAAGAAGUACUUCAGACAUAUGUGAUUUAUGAUAGUUUUCCUCUUGACAAGUGGCAAAUUGAAGACAGUGAAAGAAGGUAUUUCGAGUUUAUGAACAAUAAGUGCGAAUAUGUAGAUGAAACUGAAGUGCUAGACCAAACUGAUAAGGUUGACAGGCCUGAUGUAGAAAAGGUAGUGUCCACUGCCCAUAAACCGAGUGAACUACCUGACAAACCUGUAUCUACCUGGCCUCAUUAUGACAUGAAUGAGAUUGAUGAGGCUCAGAAGAAUUAUUAUGAACAUGUUGCACAGUGCAAGACAUCAUCUCCUACGGAAAACCUUCCUGAAGUCAGUCAGACUGUUGAAUCUGGAAUUCCACAUGAUUUAAAAAUAUCGACUCCUGGUCAUGUCUGCGAAGAUUCAGAGAAACUAAUGCUGCUGACAGAAACUACUAAACCUAGAGCUUUGGAACAUACUCGUCUGGAGCCCAGUGACAUUGCAGUUAUAGAGAAUGAGCAACCAACACUUGUUAUCCCAGAAUUAACCUUCUCCUCUCCUUAUGAUAUGAAUGCAAUUGAUGAGGCAGAGACCAAAUAUUAUGAAUAUCUUGCAAAAUCCUGUAAAAAUCCAGCUCCAUCUUCUGGAGAUGAUGUUCAAUUUACAGAAUCACUGGAAAAGAAUACACCACCAUUAGAUACUGCUAGAGGUGAAACUGUACGUGAAAUCUUGCAAGAAUCAAAUGAUGACAAGGAUCCAAGUGACAAUAGUUCUGUUCAUGUUCCAUGUACUGUGUGUUCAACAGUGGGAUAUGAUAUGUCAUCAAUUAAUGAUGCUGAAACAAAAUUCCAAGAGGUUGCCUCGCAAAGAAAUGAUGCAGUUGUUGAGCAAGAAAUUAAAGAACCACGUGUUAUGGCAAGCUCUUCUGUACCUGAAUUUGUUGCAGCUACUGAUUAUAACAUAUCUGAAAUAAGUGAAGCAGAAACUAAAUAUCAUGAAUACUUUACAUUACAACAACCAGGUACAGAGACACCUCCCGAUAAUAAUAACAAGCAUAUCAAAGAACCAUUAAUAACCUUGGAGAAAACUAGUGAAAAGGCAGUUCCCCAGCAACAAGUGCCUGAUGUCAAGAGCUUGAAAAAAUCCCAGUUAAUUGAAUCUUACAAUACUAUACAAGUCAAUGGCCAUGUGGCAGAAGAAGAAGAGGUAAUUUAUGGUGAGACUGAAGAUGAAACAGUCAGUCUUGAUAGUAAGGAAGCCUCAGAUAAGUCACAGGUCUUAGUAGGUGAAAAGCUUGAAGUUAGUGAUAUGAAUAAAUAUGAUAUGCAGUCUGUAAAUGAAGCUGAAAAGAGUUACCAUGAAUAUCUCUCUCAGGAACGAAAGCAUACUUCAUGGGCUGAUGUGGUUGCUUCAGGCCAGCCUGUGGUACAGGAAGAAGACAUUCCUGAAGAUGAUAAGUCAUUUAUCCUCUAUCUUACCAAAACAGUUAAAGUUGUUGUGCGAGAUGAUGAAACUCCCAAACCUCAACUUCCAGUGUCCACAGAUAAAGAAGGGUUUACUGAGUAUGUGUCAAAACAAGAGCGUCGUCGACGUUUGAGGUCAUCUUGCUCUGAAGAUCAAGAUGACAGUAUAAAAGAUAUUGUGCCUUAUGUACCUAGAAUAGAACUUCCAGAAGUAGAAGUUAUAGAAGAGUCUGGCCCAGAAACUGGCCCUGAAAUUGAAGAACACACUCCCAGUGAUGAAGAUGAUGAAAAAGAGAGUGACAUGAAAGUAGAACGUAUCAUCAGAGUCCAGAGGCCAUCCAGGUCACUCAAAGCAUCGUACGAAAGGCCCCAGAAACGUCACCGCUCACGAGUGUCUGAAGCAGAGAAGGAAGUUGAUGAGAUUCUCCGUCAGAUCAACCAUGAGGAAGUCUUACAGAGAUAUGCCUCAGGAGAUGUCUUCGUAACCAACCAGUGGAUCUACUGUGAUGCUGAGAAGAAUUAUCAAGAAAUGCUGGCCAGGUUCAAGAAUAUCGAGAACGAUCUGGUGAGUGAAUAUUUACAAGAGGGGGAUGAUGAUGAUGAUGGCGAUGAUGAUAAUGAUAACGGUAGUAAUAAUGAUGAUAGCUCUGGUUCUCGUGGACCACCACCAUUUUCAGAUGAUCAGAACGAUCGUUCGCCGAGAACUUUUAGGACGGAAAUUAUGCAGGCUGACCUCCCUCACGGUCUAGCAAACUGGACUGAUGAGAGCACUUAUCUUCCUUUAACUCCCACCCUUCCAGACCACAUAGUAACUGUCAUUAGUUCUCCAACCACUAACGAACUCCAACAGCAGACUGACCUUAUGACUCAAUCACAGACAUUUGACUCUAUUCACACACCUCUGACGUCACUCACCAAGAUAGCAGCUGCUGCCCCGCAGGCCCAAAGUGAAGACUGGCCACCGUCACCCCGUCUGAGAGAUUCCAAGGUCGGGGACAAAGAAACGCUCCAACAGGCCGACAAGAAGCUCGACACUUUCCAAGAGAGAAUAAGAGCUCUCGUGGACACAGCCGUCGUAGAACAGUUAACGUCCAUACAGACCAUAAUCUCCGAGAUGCACCAGAUGGAGGACGAGCUCAAGCACUUGGAGGAGAAGGGGCGGAUGAUGGAGCAGGACACCGAGAUGCUCAACAUGCUGGCGUCCGUCGCCGGCGCCAGGACGCGCCUCAAGGGUCUUCUGGCUGAGGCCCUGGCUAAGAAGACCGAAAUUGAGAACAAGCACAGCGAAAGCGACAGGCAGAAGUUCCACCUCAUUGAGUACCAGCAAAUUCUCCAAGAACUCGAGACUUGGGUCACCGAGACCUUCAACCAGCUGACAGCUGAGGUUUCCCUCAGUUCGGUGGCAGCCAUCGAAGAACAGAUUGCCAUCAAUGAGAACAUGCAACGAGAUUUGACAAGACGCGAGCGGCAAUUAUCAGAGCUUCGUGGCAAGUGUGAACGUGUCAAAGGAGACCAGCACAUUCAGUCACUGGCCACUGAGAUGAAGAAUCACCUGCUCUUCUUGAGUCAGACAAUUUCUGAAACGCGACUAGUCAUUCAAACUCGCCUUCAGCAAUUGCGGGAGAUCCUGGCAAAUGAGACUGCAAGACUGGAAGCUACUAAACAAGACAUAGUUAAAGACUCUGAAAGCCCAGUUGUGAAACAAGAACCACAGAGGAUGGAGGAGCCUGAGGUCACAGAAGUCAUCACGGAGCCCACAGUCUACCAAGUCAUUAGAAGGAGAAGCAUAAAGAAUAUAGUUAUGAUUGACGGUGUACCUGUGGAGACUGAGGAGGUUGUUGAAGAGCCAGAAGAACAUGUCAUAAAACGGUCGUUGUUCGUCGAUCCUAGCAUGACGACUACAGUUGUGAGAGCUAUAAGGAGAAGAAUAAUCAAGACGGUGACGAUGGUUGAUGGGAAACCAGUAGAAAAGGAAGAAGUAAUCGAAGAGCCUGAAGAUAUCACUGAAGAAUUUACUGAAUCUGAUUCAUCAAAGUUCCUUGACUCUGUUUAUGAACCUGGAGUGUCACCUGUGAUCUCUGGCAGCCUUCCUCAGAGACUUAGAAAUCUGGUAAGUUCUGAGACUGAGUUCCUAGACUCUGCUGAAGAGGUGCAAGAACCAGAAGCAACAGUAACAUCUCAGCAGUUCAUUAGAAGAUUAGUCAAAAGAACAGCAAUGGUUGAUGGGAAGCCAAUUGAAAUUGAAGAAUUUGAGGAUCCAAUUGAAUGUCAGAGAGAACUGACACAGAGAUCCAAACCUGGUGAACCAAAAGAGGAAAAGAAACAACCACAGGAAGUGACACAAUACGGUCAACGUAUUGAAGCAUUGGAAAAAACGUGCAAAGUCAUAAAAAAGAGAAUAAUUAAGAAAAUUGUUAUGAUUGAUGGUAAACCUCAAGAAACAGAAGUAUUGGUAGAAGAGCCUGAAAAUGAAGCAGUGGACUCUUCAGUGAUGGAAGUAGAAUUUGAACCUGAAAUUUCAACAACAAGGAAAAUUAUGAGAAAGAGAAUCAUUAAAAGGAUUGUGAUGAUUGAUGGAAAACCUGUAGAAAAAGAAGAAGUUAUAGAAGAACCAGAAGAGAUGUUGCAGGAUUUGCCUUCUGAUUCAGUGGUUACAGAAACUGUCUUUGAGCCAGAAAUCACCAUGACAAGGAGAAUAAUAAGGAAAAGGAUAAUCAAGAAGAUAAUUAUGGUUGAUGGAAAACCUGUCGAGACAGAAGAAGUUGUGGAAGAGCCUGAGGAAGUUACAGAUGAAAUGCUACAGAGUCUUCCUUCAGACAGAAUGAUCACAGAGACAGUGACUGAACCAGAGAUCACCACAACAAGAACAAUUAUCAGAAGAAGAAUAAUCAAGAAGAUAAUUAUGGUUGAUGGGAAACCAGUUGAGACAGAAGAAGUUGUGGAAGAGCCUGAGGAAGUUACAGAUGAAAUGCUACAGAGUCUUCCUUCAGGCAGAAUGAUCACAGAAACAGUAACUGAACCAGAAAUCACCACAACAAGAACAAUUAUCAGAAGAAGAAUAAUCAAAAAGAUAAUUAUGGUUGAUGGGAAACCUGUUGAAACUGAAGAAGUUGUGGAAGAACCUGAGGAAGUUACUGAUGAAAUGCUACAGAGUCUUCCUUCGGACAGAAUGAUAACAGAGACAGUGACUGAACCAGAAAUCACCACAACAAGAACAGUUGUCAGAAGGAGAAUAAUAAAAAAGAUAAUUAUAGUUGAUGGCAAACCGGUCGAGACAGAAGAAGUUGUGGAAGAACCUGAGGAAGUUAAGGAUGAAAUGCUUCACAGUCUUCCGCCAGAUUCUGUGAUAACAGAAACAAUAUGUGAGCCUGAAAUAACUACCACCAGAAGAAUUAUUAGAAAGAGGAUUGUGAAAAAAAUUAUCAUGGUUGAUGGAAAACCUGUUGAAACAGAAGAAGUUGUCGAAGAGCCAGAGGAAUUUACUGAAGAGAGCACUGAAAGACUUCCAUCUGAAUCAGUGAUUACUGAAACAGUGUGUGAGCCAGAGAUUACAACAACAACAAGGAGAAUUGUAAGAAAACGAAUAAUAAAAAAAAUAAUCAUGGUUGAUGGCAAGCCUGUGGAAACAGAGGAGGUUGUUGAAGAACCCGAGGAAACCACUGAUGAAUCUGUACAGAACCUCCCAUCUGAUUCUGUGAUUACAGAGACUGUUUAUGAACCAGACGUGACCACCAGAAGAAUUAUCAGAAAGAGAAUAAUUAAGAAAAUCAUCAUGGUUGAUGGAAAACCUGUCGAGACAGAAGAAGUUUUAGAGGAACCAGAGGAUGUUACUGAGGAAAUGAUUGAAAGUGUCCCAACAGGUUCCACCAUCACAGAAAUAGUGAGAAGGAAGCGUAUCAUUAAGAAGAUUGUUAUGGUUGAUGGUAAACCUGUUGAAACUGAAGAGGUUGUUGAAGAACCGUGUGAUGAUAUGGCUGUGCAGUUGAGUGAUUCACCUCUAAGUAGACCUUUGUACAAACCUGAAAUUAAGGCAACAGUAAUUCAAAAGAAAACAAUAAAGAAAAUGAACGUGGUUGAUGGUAAACCACUUUCAACAGAAGAGGUUGUUGAAGAACCAGAAGAUUCUGUUAUCAGUGUUUUUGAGAAUGUUCCUUCAGACUCCUCAAUUACUGAAACACUGUCCCAGCUAGAUGAAACAUCGCCACGAAUCAUAAGAAGAAGAAUAAUAAAGAAGAUUAUUAUUGUUGAUGGCAAACCCACAGAGACAGAAGAAGUGAUUGAAGAGCCAGACUCUGAGGGUGCCUCUGAAGAUGAACAUCCUUCGACUCCCACUUCUGGUGGCAUUCGUAUCAUAAAGAAAAAUAUAAAGAUUCGUCGAUUUGUCCGCAUUGUAGAUGGCAAGCAGGUGGUUGAGGAAGAGAGAUCUGAAUCCCCAGAUGAAGUUAUGGAAUAUUUAAAGGCUGGUGAUCAAAGUGAAGAAAUAACUCUACCUAUUAGUCAAGAUGUGGAAAAUGUUCAGUUUGAGCAUGGUGAUGUAACAGGUGUCCAAGCCCAUCAACCAGCAAGAGUAGUUAGAAAAAUUAGAAUAGUGGAAGGCAAACCUGUUGUGUCAGAGGAAAUUUUAGAAGGUGGUGAGCCAAUUGACAAAGAGACCAUAUCAAGUGACAUUAAAACUGUUCAAGUCCAUGCGGUAAGACGUAGAAUGAAAAUUGUUAAAAGGGUACAAAUUAUCAAUGGAGAAAGAGUAGAGACAGAAGAAGUUGUAGAAGAACCAGAGACGCACUUUGGCAUGCCUGAUGAUGAAUCUGGUAUAACAGUAACAGAAUUUGUUGCACCAGAAAAGGACAGUCUUCCUGAUAAAGAUGAAAAAACAGUGAAUACUUUCCCAGCCCCAGUUUCUGCAGCUGAGAUUCCUCAAAAGCCAAAGGAUGCAGACAGCAACUGGAAAGAAAACCUUUAUGUGUCUCACUCUAAUGAUGAUGAAAAACCAUCGCAGAUUCUCUCUAAAACAUCUAACUUUACAAAAUCAUUACCAUGUGAACCUCCUAAACAUUCAGAAUCUGCGUCAGGUGUAUUCCCAAUUCCUCAAGGGUCUUUACCACAACCAGAAAGGGAGGAUGAUAGCCAGCCAAAAGAUAGUAGUGAGGAUGAUGAUAUCUCAGUCAAUGUAUGGACAAAAGGGCUAUACAAUAAGAAACUUGAUGAGCCACGUGAACAUAGCAAAAUCCCUGAUUCUACUGAUAAAGCUCCUGUAAUAAUGCAUGAGGAGCAUGCCAGUGAAGGUGACCCUGAGCCGUUCCCAGAACCUACCAAGUCUUUAAAAGAUGUGACGCGGGAAAUUUCAAUUUCUGAGGAAAAAGAAACUGAUGUUCCAGAAAAUAUUAUGAGUGGAAAGGUAGAGACUAUUGAAAAAGAAAAAUCUAAGGAGCUAUGUCCCCUGUCCUUCCCCUCACCUAGUGAACUUUCAGUUGUGGAAAAAGAUAGGGUGCCAGCUCAGUUAGAGGAAUCAUAUGCUGAUGAUUCUCCUUUCCCAACACCUGAAAGAGGAGAAGGUGGUGUUGCUCAACUUCGGAAAUUCUUUGAGACACCAAAAGUAUUUGAAACAUCUGUUUAUAGAAGGACAAGCAUGGAAGAAAUUACAGAACUCAUCCAAGGCAAAAUGGAGUCUCCUAUGUCCCCUGAUUUUCCUGUGUUUCCUCCUAGUGAUAGUGCCUCAUUGAGUCCGUUCCCUGUGCCAGUGGGCGAUAUUCCAGAGCCUGAACAUUCAAGUGCUCAUGUGCCUAAAGAUUGUGAAGGAGAACUGAAAACAUUUAAAGAACCCACAUAUUCACCAACAUCAAAAUUAAGGGAAGUGGGGAAUAUCACUAUGGCGCCAUCUCCUGCCCCUCCUGUGCCUGUAACUGCCCCUGACUUUUCUAGUAAAGAUUCUAAAAGCUUCAUUCCAUUCGCUCAGCCUGAGGAGUUUGUCGAUCAUUUUGCAUUCCCUACAGUUUCUCGAGAUGAUAACUCUGAUCUUGUUCACGAAUCAGCACAUGGAUCUGUGCCAAACUUCAGUCAAAGUCAUUAUUGCCAACCUGAAAAACAGCAUGUUAAUUCUAUAACUAAUGAGCCAGAUAAAGCCCCACCCUUGAUUGAUGAGAAAAGACCUAAUUUAGAUGAUGAGUUCAUAGACUUCCCUAAACCACAAGGAGAAUUUCCUCAACCAGUUUCUCUUGAAGGAAAACCAAAAGAUUCUGAUAAGGGCAUAACAAAAUCUUGGCCAGAAAAUAAGUAUUCUAGUGUUUCAUUUACUGAGGAACCAGAAACAAUUCCUCAGUCAAAGAAUCCUCCAGUAUCACCACCAGUUAUCAUGAAGAUAGAAGCAACAGAUGUCCCACUCUUCCCAACUCCAGGAGUUCCAGCUAAAGAGGAUAUUGCUACUUCUUCAGAUGUGACAUCAGAAAAGGUAGAAAAUGUAUUAUAUGUAAAUGAACCUAAGCCUCUAGAUAGUAAGUCACCUGACCUGCAUGAAAAAGGAAUGAAACCUCCAGAAUGUAAUAGUGACACUGCAAAUAACAAACCUGUAGAGCCCUUCCCUGCUCCAGCUUCCUCUCCUACUCAGGUUUUGCCUGUUGACGGUCAGGCUCCUGUACAAUGGACCAAAGAGAAAUAUUCUAAAAAUGAAAUCCAGUUCCAUGAUACAGGCUGUCCUCAAGGCGUUGAAUUUGAUCUUCCUGAUUUACCCAUGAAGAGACCAGAUGACAUGACUAACAACAAAGAAUUCCCAGUACCAUUGGCAUGCUUCCCAGAACCAGUAAGUAAUGACCAAACUCCAGAAAAUGUUGAAACAUCUGUUGUAUUUACUGAUGCUGUAUAUAAUAAUGCCCGAGUUAGUGAGGAAAACACUCCCAUAGUUGAACAAGAAAACCUGAAGCAGACACCACCUGUAAUGCCAGUGUAUGAAACAGAGGAAGACAUUCCAGUGACUCCUUUCCCUGAGAUUCUUUCUGAUGUACACAAAAAGCAUGUUGUAGUUGAUAAGCCAGAAGAAAAAGGUAUAGUUGGUCAAGAUUAUAAAGAAAAGAUUCCGUUAGAACCAUUUAAAGAAAUUGUUUCAGUAUCUUCACAAGAAGUUGACAUAGAAGCUUUCCCAACCCCAGAGUUCCCUGCUGCUCAGACAAUGCCUGCUGAUGGGCAGGCUCCUGUUCAGUGGAAUACAGAUAAAUAUGACCAAAAUAAAAUGCAGGUAAGUGUUAAGGAAUAUCCGGAAGGUGUACAGAUUCAGUUACCAGAUUUACCAAUGAAGGGACCAGGUGUAGAUGAGGAUAAGAAAUUCCCUGUACCACUUCCUGAUUUCCCAAGGCCAGAAUGUGAUGACCAAGAGCCAAAGAUGGCUGAUUCUCCAAUAACAUUUACUGAUAGCGUUUAUAAGAAAGACACAGUUACUGUAGAUUCUUUACCAAUCGUUGAACAAAAAGACCUAAUGCAGCCCUCUGUAAUGGUACCUGAAUAUGAAUUAGAGGAGGAACUUCCAGUGGAACCUUUCCCUGAUAUUAUCUCAGAUGAUCAACAAGAAGGAACUGUAACUGGUAAACCAGAAAAGAAAGAUGCAGUUACACCAGAAUUAAGUGGAACAGACCCAACUGCUUCCUUCCCUGCUCCUGUUUCAUCUCCUGCUGAGGAGAUACCUCCUAAUGUUGAAGGUCAUUUACAGUGGACUGUUGAGAAAUAUGGGAAGAUUAAAGUAAAGAUCUGUGAUGAGUCACAUCCUGAAUCAGAUGCGGAGGUACAGUUAUCGGAUUUGCCUAUGAAGAAACCGGAUGAUGAGCCAACAAAGGAAGAUUUUCCUAAUCCAGCCGGUAGCUUCCCUGAGCCAGUUAAAGAUUUCCAAGAACCACAGAAGGCUGAAACUUUGCCUACCUUUACCAAAGAGGUGUAUACCAGAGAUAAGAUGAGUGAUGAAUCUCUUCCUAUUGUUGAACAAGAAGAUCUAAAACAGCCUUCAGUUGUAGUACCAGAGUUUGAAUCAAAGAAAGAACCUUUAUUAACUCCCUUCCCAGAAAUUCUUUCAUUGGCUCCCCAAGACAAAACAAAGGAGGAAUAUACAGAAGACAAAGUUUUGCUAGAAUCAAAGGAGGCCACAGUUGAAUCUUUCCCUGCUCCUGUUUCUUCUCCUACUCGGGUUUUGCCUAGUGACGGCCAGGCUCCUUUGCAGUGGACUGUUGAGACAUAUGAGCAGAGUAAAGCAAAGGUGCAUGAUGAAUACCCAGAAUUGGGUGUGGAAGUCCAUCUACCAGAGUUACCAAUGAAGAAAUCAGAUGAGGUACCAAAGGUCAAAGAUUUUCCUAUGCCAGCAGUUAGUUUCCCUGUACCAGUCAGAUAUGAUCUGGAACCAGAAAAAGUUGAAACUUCUCAUGUAUUUGCUGAUGCUGUAUAUAAGAAAGACAUAGCUGAGGAGGAACAAGGUCCUAUUGUUGAGCAAGAAGACCUUAAACAGCCGCCAGCUAUGAUGCCUGUGUAUAAACCAAAAGAAGAACUUCCAGUGACUCCUUUCCCUGAAAUCACUUCAGACGCACAGGAAAAAGAUACUGCAAUGGACAAACCAGGGAAAACCAUGGUUAUUGAACAAAGAAUUGAGGAAACGCUGACUGAUAAGUCUGAAGGAAAAGAAUUGGUUACACCAGAGUCUGAAAAUACAGUCUUAGCAGAACCUUUCCCUGCUCCUGUUUCUUCUUCUACUCAGGUUAUGCCUGGUGACGGCCAGGCUCCUUUGCAGUGGACUGUUGAAACAUAUAAGCAGGAUAAAAGAGAAAUACAUGAGGAAGUAUAUCCUGAAGGUGAUCAAAUCAGUCUACCUGAGUUACCAAUGAAGAAACCAGAAAAAGUAAUUGAUAAGAAAGAUUUCCCAGUUCCAUCAGGCUGCCUUCCGAAACCUGCUGGUGGUGGUGACCAGGUUCCAGAAGAGGCUGAGACAUCAAAUGUUUUCCGAGAUGAAAUAUAUAAGACCGUGGAAAUUAUUGAGGAGUCACUGCCUAUUGUUGAACAAGAAAAUCUGAAGCAGCCUCCAGUUAGAGUACCAAGUUAUGAACUCAAGGAAAACGUCCAAAUAGCACCUUUCCCUGGAAUUGCCUCUGACCCUGGAACAGAAAAUGUUGUAGAUGUUAAGGAGCUUCAAGAAAAUGGUGUUGCUCUACCUGGUACUGUCGAGAAAGGUACAGACAUAGCUGUAAAAAGCUUCCCCAAACCAACAGUGUGCAAUAUUGAUGAAGUUCCCACAGUUGCAAGUCCAACCACAACAUGGACAGAGGACCUUUACAAUAAGAAGAAUGAAAAUGAUGAAAAGGAAUUGACUAUUCCUGCUGAUGAAUCAGUAACUCCUCUGCAAACAAUACCAGUGAAGAAACCUGAUGAACCAAUUAAAGCAGUGGAAUUCCCUCCACCAUUUGGAGAUGUACCUCAACCAUCAGGAAAAGAAGAUUCCUAUCCAGAAAGUGCAAACAAAUCUGAAACUUUCACAGAUCCCCUUUACAUCCAAAAUAAGUUUGGUGAUAAAUCCACUCCAUUUACUGAGGAGGAUCAUUUGAAACAAAUGUCUCCAUCUCUUCCAUUAUAUGAGGACACUCAAAAUAUUAAGGUGGAACCUUUCCCUGUAAUUAUAUCAGAAACAGAGGAAGUGCCAGUAAUAACUGUGCAGAGUGAAGAAGUAAACAGGGGACAGAUGGAGGUAGAUUUCCCCAACGUCGAAGCAAAUAAAGUAGAUGUCUUACCAACAGAUCCCGCUACUAUUGUCCCUUGGAAAGAUGAAACUUACACAAAGAAAGAAGUGAUUGUAAGUGCUGAAGAUAUUCCUGACAAUAAAUCAGCACCAUUGUUACCUGCUUUCCCAAUGAAAAAGCCAGGUAAGCCAGUGAAUGAUGAUAGAUUUGUAGCACCAGUUGGAGAAUUCCCAGCUCCUUCAGGAGACUCACAGGAUCCUAAUCCAAGUUUAAGUCGAGACAAUGCCUUUACCGAAAACAUUUAUGAAAAAGAAACAGAGAAUAUAAAACCUACGGAAUUCAUUAGAGACAAUGAUCAAAUGUUAGUGACCCCUGUUACUAUACCUGAAUACAAAGAAACAGAAAUUUCAGAACCCUGUCCAUUCCCAGCAAUUGAAAUUGGAGAGGAAGCAGAACCUGAAGGAAUUAAUGAAGGAACAAAUGUGGAAGAGCCACCUUUAGAAUCUGUUGUUACAGAGGAAAUCUGUGAACCAGAAUCUACAACCACAAUUAGAAGAAUCAUUAGAAAGAGGAUUAUCAAAAAGAUAGUUUAUAUUGAUGGCAAACCAGUUGAGACUGAGGAAGAGGUUGAAGAACCAGAGGAAAUUAUCACUGAAGAAAGUGGUUUUGAAGAUCCAGACACUGUGAGGGGAAGAAAGCCUUUAGAAUCUGUUGUUACAGAGGAAAUCUGUGAGCCAGAAACAACAACCACAAUCAGAAGAAUCAUUAGAAAGAGGAUUAUCAAAAAGAUUGUUUACAUUGAUGGCAAACCAGUUGAGACUGAGGAAGAGGUUGAGGAACCAGAGGAAAUCAUCACUGAAGAAAGUGGUGUUGAAGAUCCAGACACUGUGAGGGAAAGAAAGCCUUUAGAAUCUGUCGUUACAGAGGAAAUCUAUGAACCAGAAACAACAACCACAAUCAGAAGAAUCAUUAGAAAGAGGAUUAUCAAAAAGAUUGUUUACAUUGAUGGCAAACCAGUUGAGACUGAGGAAGAGGUUGAAGAACCAGAGGAAAUCAUCACUGAAGAAAGUGGUGUUGAAGAUCCAGACACUGUGAGGGAAAGAAAGCCUUUAGAAUCUGUCGUUACAGAGGAAAUCUGUGAACCAGAAACAACAACCACAAUCAGAAGAAUCAUUAGAAAGAGGAUUAUCAAAAAGAUUGUUUACAUUGAUGGCAAACCAGUUGAGACUGAGGAAGAGGUUGAAGAACCAGAGGAAAUCAUCACUGAAGAAAGUGGUGUUGAAGAUCCAGACACUGUGAGGGAAAGAAAGCCUUUAGAAUCAGUUGUUACAGAGGAAAUCUGUGAGCCAGAAACAACAACCACAAUCAGAAGAAUCAUUAGAAAGAGAAUUAUCAAAAAGAUUGUUUACAUUGAUGGUAAACCAGUUGAGACUGAGGAAGUGGUUGAAGAACCAGAGGAAAUCAUCACUGAAGAAAGUGAAAGAAAGCCUUUAGAAUCUAUUGUUACAGAGGAAAUCUGUGAACCAGAAACAACAACCACAAUCCGAAGAAUCAUUAGAAAGAGAAUUAUCAAAAAGAUUAUUUACAUUGAUGGCAAACCAGUUGAGACUGAGGAAGUGGUUGAAGAACCAGAGGAAAUUAUCACAGAAGAAAGUGGUGUUGAAGAUCCGGACACUGUGAGGGAAAUAAAGCCUUUAGAAUUUAUUGUUACAGAGGAAAUCUGUGAACCAGAAACAACAACCACAAUCAGAAGAAUCAUUAGAAAGAGAAUUAUCAAAAAGAUUGUUUACAUUGAUGGCAAACCAGUUGAGACUGAAGAAGAGGUUGAAGAACCAGAGGAAAUUAUCACAGAAGAAAGUGGUGUUGAAGAUCCGGACACUGUGAGGGAAAUAAAGCCUUUAGAAUCUGUUGUUACAGAGGAAAUCUGUGAACCAGAAUCUACAACCACAAUUAGAAGAAUUAUUAGAAAGAGAAUUAUCAAAAAGAUUGUCUAUAUUGAUGGCAAACCAGUUGAGACUGAGGAAGUGGUUGAAGAACCAGAGGAAAUCAUCACUGAAGAAAGUGGUGUUGAAGAUCCAGACACUGUGAGGGAAAGAAAGCCUUUAGAAUCUGUUGUUACAGAGGAAAUGUGUGAACCAGAAACAACAACCACAAUCAGAAGAAUCAUUAGAAAGAGAAUUAUCAAAAAGAUUGUUUACAUUGAUGGCAAACCAGUUGAGACUGAGGAAGUGGUUGAAGACCCAGAAGAAAUUAUUACCAAAGAGAGUGGUUUGAAGAUUCCAGACUCUGUGAGGGAUAGAAAGCCUUCAGAAUCUGUAGUUACAGAAGAAAUCUAUGACCCAGAAACUACCACUGUUAAAAGGAUUAUUAGGAAAAGGAUAAUAAAAAAGACUGUAUAUAUUGAUGGCAAACCAGUUGAAAUUGAAGAGGAAGUUGAAGAGCCUGAGGAAAUUACUGAAAAGAGUGUUCUUGAUGAACCAGUGUUAACAAGUGAAGAAAAACCAUCUAUGUUUGUAAAAGAAACAUAUAAACCAGAUACUGAGGCCAUUAUUAAAGAUGCCAUUAGAAAGGCGGAAAAUGAAGAUAAGCCUGAAGGAAAAGAAACCUCGACCAAAGUCAUUAAGCCAGACAUUGAUGAUCAGCCACUAGAAGCAGCAGACGAGAUUGUGGAGUCUGUUGAUCCAGUUGAAGAACCAGUUAAUACAAAACAACCACAACCAGCCGAUGCUCCAGAGAGUACCUCUUCCAUCGGAAGAUUUUUCAGGGGUAUUUUCCAGAAGAUCGUUCCUAAGGAGUCAGAGGAAACUUCAGAGGAGCAAGGGAAGCCCCUGUUGGAAGAUGUCAAAAAGACAGGGGAAGCAGAAGACUUAUCUCUUCCAAAGAGCAAAGCAGUAUCCACCGACCAUACAGUUAGAACAGCAGUUGAAAUAGAAGAGUGUGAAGAAGCUCCCUUGGGUGUUGAACCAAAAUCGACACCUAGCAUUACGAAAGUUGUGAAGAGGUUGAUCAAGAAGAUAAUUUACAUUAAUGGCCAACCAGUAGAAAUAGAAGAGGAAAUUGAAGAACCAGAAGAAAGUGCUGAAGAAGGCAAAGAACCUGAAAGGAGUGCAUUGAUUCCUCUUGGAAAAGAAAGCUUUAAGGAACAAAAAACUGAUGUGGAGGUUUCUCAGAAGACAAGUGAUAAACAGAUGCCAAGUGAGGCUGUCACAGAUGAUGUUCUUGUGCCAAAAACAGCUCCAGGUAAGAUUAGUCAAAGAAAGGUUAAGAGGGUUGUCACGACUGAUAGUAAGCCAGUGGAGACUGAAAAAGUUGUGGAAGAGUCAGAUGGUGUGGCUCAAAGACCGGAAAAGGUUGUUGACAGUGCAGAAAUUCCAGUUGAUCCUCAGAGUGCUGCAAGGAAAACGGUUGUGAUUGUUGAUGGAAAACCAAGUGAAAUAGAGGAGGUAGUUGAAGGGCCAGACUCGUGUGAAGAACUUCCCUCACCUGCACGUGAUUUAGUAAGUAAGGCCAUUCCUACUCACACUAAGGAUGCACCCACUAAUCUUGAUAGUAUUAAGAAAUCAGACAUUAUUGAUGGUAAGUCUCCUUGUAAAGAAAGUUUAGAAGAAAAACCAGAGAUUUUCACUGAUGAGACUGUUGUACCUAAAGUGAUUAAAAAGAAUAUAGUCAGAGAUGACGGUAAGCCUGUAGAGGUUGAGGAAGUUGUAGAGGAGUCAGAUGGAAUUAGUAAAAGUAGACGUAGUGUCCCUGGUAAUGUUAAAGUGGAAAGUAUUUCUGAACCCAAGUUUUCUAGUAGGGGUAAUGAAUUAAUUAUUGAACAUCUCCCACAGCCAGCAAAGGAUUCCUUAACAGAUUCUGGAGGUACUAGAAAGGAGGUCACUGGUAAAGAUCUUCCUUCUCCUAAAAUAAUGGAAGAAGUGAAACAGCAGCAGACUCCUGAAGAAAGGCUACAAGAUGUCCCCACAACACUUGAAGGUAAGCCAACUGAUUCUCUACAGAACAUCAGGGAAGUCCAGUUAUAUCCAGGUACUGGAGAAGGAAUUAGCGAAGUACCUUCUGAAACUAUAGAUAAAAAUGAUCUGGUACCUGAGAGGGAAAUCAAAGUUCUUCAGCCAAAACCAUUAUCAGUUGAGGGCAGUGUUAAGUUUGAUGGUAAUGAAAUUCCUGAUAAGGCCAUUAGAGAUUCAGUACCAGAACCUUCUGAGAAAGAUGUGCCUUUACAAAAAGCUCCUGGUGAUCUGGAAAAACAUCAGCCCACAACCACUGCUGAUAGUACAGAAGCAAAGGAUCCAUUAACAGAAGUAGCUUUAGAUAGGCAACCCAUGACUGAAAUUAGAAUUAGUCCAGUUGAUGUAGUGAUAGAGAGUAGACAUACUGAUCAGACAGAUAAAGCAUCACCUCAGAUUUCCCAGGUAGUCUAUAGUACCGAAAUAGCUGAGAGAGAUAGAGAAUUAGACAUAACGCUUGAUAAGCAUGUCCCUGUAGAAAUGAGAGAGACAGUUCCAGAGGAGAAAGAUCCUGAAAGAAUGGUUGGAAAAGCUGUGGUAACACCAAUACCUUAUACAACUUAUAUGAAUGAUCAGUUUGUUACUAGUGUUGACAUAGAAUCUUUGCCUUCAACUGAGGAAGCCCAUCCAAAGAAGGAUAUCACACAUAUCACAGAUGAAGCAAGAGAAGAGCAAUCUGCUAGUCCAUCUGAGGUACAGUUACUAGAGGAACAUUUACCUCAGGAAGUAAGUGUUUCUGAGGAUCAACUAGCAACGAGAUCACCAACUAGUUUAGAUUCUGUGACUAGAGAGAAAAUUGUUCCAAAAGACAAGAGUGAACUUCAAGAAAUAGAAAUUAGAGAAGAAUGGGAUAUCAUAACCUCUCUUCUCAGACGUCACCAGAAUCGUAAGGAAAAGCCUACUGCAUCUCCUCUAGGUCCACCACUUCUACUCGCUACAUCUAAGGAACCACCAGGUCAGGUAAAAAGUGAACAGAUUGAUGGUAGUCUCAGUAUCUUGCGCUCAUCAAUAGAAAAGAAAGAUGCAGUUGUUGUUCAGAAAGUCAUUAUCACUAUUAUUGAAACUAUAAGUACCUGGCUAGAAACUAUUGAAUACAGAACUUACAAUAUCAAGUAUGCUGAAAAUCCUAUUGAAAGGCAACAACAGUUUGAACAUCUUAGGAAUGAAAUACUGAUCAUUGAAGAAAAGAUUGCCAUGCUAGAAGAAGUAACAGAAUAUGCAAAUGAAGUUCUAACUAAAGAAACAGUAAUAACCAUCAAAGAAACCAUGAUUGUCUUGCAAGAACAAGUCAGUCAGGUGGAGCAGUUACGCCAAGCACAGCAAGAGGAAGUUGCACAACAAGAGGAGAACAAAGCCCAGUACAUUGCUGCAGUGGGUGAUGCUGAAAAUAAGAUUGCAGAGCUAAGAGCAGAAUUAGGCAAGAUCCAAGAAACUUCAAUGACACCAGAAGAGAAGGUUGUUAAGCUCGAACAGAUUUUAACUGCAAAUGAAGAAACAAGAGACUGUUUAACACGGCUUCUGCUUGGUGCCCAUGAAAUGCCAAGCGUGCCUGUUGAACAUGCUUCAGAUGAAUUAGGAACUGUCCAGACAGAACUCUGCAACAUUCAGGAUUCUGCUGAGAAAGAACUAGAUCGGGUGUUACGGCUGACAACCACUACCACAGAAUACGAGGAGACGCUGAUGGAGCUCACAAAUCUUAUAGAGAUGGCAGAAACCAUCUUGGAAGCUCGUGUAGUUGCCAGAGACCUUGACCACCUAACUGAUACCAUCACAAAACACAAGAAGCUCUUCCUGUCCCUGAGACAGUGUCAGAAAGUUUUGGAAUCCUUAGAUACUGCUUUAGAGCCAAGUUCACGGGUUCAUUACCAGCAACUCUACUCUCGAUCAUACCUGAGGGCAUCAGUCCUUCUUGAUAAGGCAACCCAGCGUAAUCAUCAACUUGCCCUUCUGCGAGCCGAGUGGGUGCGUCUUCUCAGCCAACUUCAAGAAGAGGAGGAAUGGAACGUAUCGGCGUUGGAGCAAGUUACCCAGCUGCAUACUGUAUCUGCUGACACAUACGAGGACAACACCAACUCCUGCAAGGAUCUGCUUGCUGAGAGUGUGACACACGAAGCCCACACCGGCCACCUGGUGGAGAUGGUCCGCAAGGUUGGAGAUGUGAUCACCUGCACGCACCUGGAGACGCGCGUGAAGGCCCAUCAUCAGAGGACCAUCAGACUUCGGCAGGAUGUGGGGCGUCUUCUGGAACGCCUGGAGGAGCUUCACGUCCACUGGGCAGCUUACCAAACCCAAAUGGAUAAGCUUCAGGAAUGGUGUGCUCAAGCUAAGAGUUCACUUCAGGACAUCGACCUUACACCUCAAGAUCAAGAGAAAUUAAGAGAACAGUUUAAUCAAAUAUGGAAUCUAAAAGCACAGUUUGACAGCCAGAGUGUCUUACUAGAUGAAUGCAUGAAUCAUUUCGAUAAAUCUGUUAGUCUGGUCAACAUGACUGAUGAGAGCCAUCAGCGACACUUCUUAUCUCAGUUUAAAAAUGAGUGGCGUGAGCUUGAAGAACUGCUUCAGGCCAAAGAACAAGAACUCCACAAGAUACAAAUUCAGGUUGUUCCUGUGCCACAGCUUCUGGCUGAAACUCAGGACACACUUUCAAGCGUAGAAGUGUCCCUACAAGAAAUCGACACUCAUGUCACCUCAAUCCAACAAUUACGUGACAUCUCUGAAAAAUACAAGGUCCUCCGUGUCAAAAUCCUGAACAGCAAGAAUAACUUGGACCAUCUAACGCAAGUGUCAAGUGCAGAGGAAGAACAAGACGAGGUCUUAGUUGAUACUCUGGGCCGGCUGAACCUCACCUGCCAAGAACUGAUCUGUACCAUCCAGCAGCGCAUUACAUCCCUUGAGUAUGUGCUGGACAACGUGCAGAAAACCGUCAGUCGAGUUGAACGCAUCUCUCUAACCAUGAUGCACCUAGAAAGCACACUGCAGAGAUGUCAAGCAGUGGACAAAGAGGGUGAGAAGAUCAUCAAGGGAGCCAUACAUUCCUGCAAGACCAUACAAGAUGGUCUCGCUCGAGCUGAGGAGGACAUCCUGAAGGUCAAGCAGACCAUGGAGACACUGAGGAAAGACCCCCACCACCCUUGCCAUCUGACUGAGCUCGAGACGCAGAUAGACAAUCUACAGCAGAGGCUCAAAUCUAUCUCAGGGAGCAUCAAAGAAACCCACUCCAAUCUCAAGGGUAGACUCGACAUUUGGCAGAAGUUCAUGACAUCAGCUGAUGCCGUUGACAGUUUCCUCAUGGAAGUGGAAGACCUGAUGGACAGUGCUCUAGAGCUACCGUCAGUCAACAGAAACUCACUCCAGACCCACGUUGAAGAAUUGCACAACUUGCAGAGCUCAAUGAACACAAACGAGAACCUGCUGGAAAUGCUCAAGACACAGGCCGUCCAAGUGGAGAAGACACAAAGCGUCGAGACGCAACUCACCAGAUGGAACAGUGUUUCAGAAAGAAUCGAAUCGGUCAUUUUGAGGUACGAAACAGCCCUGAAACUCUGGAGCAGAUUCGUCGAGGUUCAGGAGGAAGUUCGUACCUGGGUGGAGUCCAAGAUCACGCUCAUUGUCUCCCUCCAGUCCAGAGGCAUCACGUCCCAAGAAAGAGAUCAGAUUCAGGUGCUGGUGGGAGAAGCAGUGUGGUCCGGGGAACGGGUAACUGAGCUCAGAAAGUUAGCUCGGGAAAUACAACUGCACGUAGCCGAAGACACAGCCCAGGACACUCCUCUUGUGGCUGAAGUAGAACGACUAGGAUUCAGGAUCACCAGUUUGACGGAAGCCAUCACGCAGCUCAGUAGCAACUUGAGCCUCCAAACAGAUGCGAAGCAAGGACACGAAGAGGAAGCUGCUCUGCGGAAGCUGAAAGAUGGAAUCAGCGAGGCCAACACCCUCCUGGCUCUGCCAGUACCGGAAGUCACCGAAACUGCGGAGCGCGUGACGAAGCUGCAGAACCAGCUGGUGUCCCUGGGUGAAUCCGGAGGUCCAAUGAUUGAAAGUGGUCCCACACAGGUGAUAGAGGCCUGGCAAACUGCAGUUCGGGACACCCAUGACCGGUACGAACAAGUUGUGGCGGGUAUUAGUAAUGAUGAUGAGCAGCUUGCAGCUGCAUUGACAACAUGGCAGAACUAUGUUGAGAGCGUAGAAAGUAGCAUGAAUGCUCCAGCUCCAGCUACACGUGAAGGCUUGCAUGAAGCAUCGCGCCUGUGUCAGGUUCAUCGCUCUAUCCUUACGACGCAAGCAAAUGUUUUGUCAACCAUGCAGGAGCAAGCACAGUCGGAAGAUGCGCCUCCCCACAUCAAGGCUCUUCAAGAACGGCUUAGGACUCUCAUUUUGCGUCACAAGACUGUCCUUACAACUGUGACUGAGCGGGAACAGCUGUUACUUGAAACCAUAACAACUUGGGAAACAUAUAGAAUAAAAGUAGCUCAGUUGCAAACAUGGAUACUUGCUUUAGAACAAGAAAAACAAGGACUACAGUUGCGUCAAGUUGCACGGCGCCGCCUUGACAAAGUCAUAAGUAGAUUGCAGUCACUUUUGGAACAGUUAGGCAGAGGAGAAGAACAAGUGGAAGAUGUAGCAAAGUUAUGCCAGCAACUUGUAUCGUCAUGCGAUCCAAGCAUCCACUCUAUAAUAAAAGCAGAGCUUGCCUCUCUACAACAGCGUGUGACAAAUAUGCGUGCCGGUGUGGAGACAUGGCUCAGCUAUCUAAACAGAAGCUCUAGUCUGUGGCAGCGUUAUGAGGAGGUUUACUCCAGAUUGAAUUCCAUUCUUGGUGAGUUGCAGUCGAGACUAGCAGAAGACCUGCCAUCAGACUUUGGCAGUGUAAAGGAAACAAUUAAGAAAUACCAUGAAGCUACAGCAUCCAUAGAAUCACUGAAUGGAGACCUUUCUCUUCUGAGAACAACUCGUGAAGAAAUGGUAGACUCCCUGACACCAGCAGACCUUCGUCUUGUAACUCAGCGUAUGUGGAGGGUCACACAAUUACAAGCAGAGCUUUUACAUCAGUACAGACUGAAAAUUAGUACAUUAGAAGACAGACUAGAAUUGUGGCAGCUAUAUGACACCAGAUAUCAACAGUUCUUAUCUUGGGCAAAAGACAUGGAAAAUAAGAUUGAAGGUGGGUCAGAACAGUACAUCAACACAUUAAUCAGAAAGUUGGAGCAUGAUUAUCAAGUAGAAAUUGACACCAAGAGCAUUGAGAAAUUAUGGCUUGUAUCUGAAGGACAAGAACUGAUCUCGUGUAGUAAUGAAGAACAAGCAGCAGAGCUGAGGAAAAAGAUAGAACAUAUUGAAGCUACUUGGAAACAGAUUCAUGAUAGAUGUAACAGCAGGAAACAGAAGCUUCAAGAUAUUGUCACCACCAUAAACAAGGCUGAGGUGACUUUGGCAGAACUCAAGGAAUGGCUGUUCCUUAUUGAAAAGAAAUUAUCAAGUCCAGUUGUGUUCCAAAAUAGUUCUAAGAAAGAAAUUGAUAGUCUCCUGGAAGCAGAGGAAGAAAUUCGCAAAGAAAUUGAAAAACAGAGUGGUACAAUUUCAUCUGUGCUUAACCUUUGUGAUAUGGUAAUUCAUGACUGCACAGAGUUUGAUGCAAAUGGCGACACCGACUCUCUUCAGGAAGCUCAUCAGAAUCUUGAGCGUCGAUGGGGUGACAUCUGUACCCGAGCUGAGGAACGGAAGAAGUUCAUCAAGAAAACUUGGAAGAUGUGGGAGGAGCUAGUUAUUCUCAACACAACAUUUGUUGAAUGGCUGACAUCCAUGGAGUGUCGAGUGAGGAAUUUAACAGCGGUAUCUACAUUGGUGACAUAUGGCAGUUUGGAAGAAAGAAUAACUGAAGUCCAGGAGCUGCAACCAUUGAUCCAUGAUAAGACUCCUUUGUACGAGCAACUCAAUCAAAAGUACCGUGUUUUGGCAAGACCAUAUGGAAGAGAAAACAGACUAGAUCAAGCAAAUGAGAUAAGAAAUAUGGUUAAAGCCUCAAAUACUAGAUUCCAUACUCUAAGUUAUCAUGUUACAAUUAUUUUACGACGCCUUAGAUAUAGUAGGAGAUUGUUUGAUGAGUUUGAGAGUAACAGAGAACACCUGAUGUCAUGGGUUAAUGACUUUGAUCUUAAAGUGUCAGAAUAUGAUAAUCAGUCCUUUGCCAACCUAGAGCACAAACAGCGAGCUCUUUUGCAGUUAGUUGCCGAAUAUGAAGCCAAAGAAGAUGCACUGAAGAGCUUUGAUGACUCUGUCACCUACUUAUUCCAAAGAAGUUCAAAUCCUGAUUGUCUUCUCAUUGAGGAGAGUUUAACUGAGUACUGGUUGACAAGGAAGCUCAUCCAUAGCAGGCUACUUACCCUUCAAGAAGCCAUCGAAAAAGAAAUUACUGAAACCCCGGGUGCCUCCAUGAUUAAGAUCGAGUCAAGUUACGCAGCGCCCAAGCUUUCCGAGGAAAUUUACGAUCAGCAAGAGGACGAAUACAGGGUGCCCAUAAUGUCUGAUGCAGAAUUGCCGAGCUUAGAACCCGCUUUAAGUUCUGUGGAUAUGUCCCUCAUUGGUGCUGUAGGUGGAAGAUCCCUUCUGGUUGAAAUGAGAGCAGCUCUAGACGAAAGUAAAAAGCUCCUGGGACGCCUUGAGGAGGCUUUGAAGUGUCCUACACCUCAGGGUGCAGAAGUGGACAAAACAUACUAUUCAUUUUCGAAACAGCUAGCAGGAUGCAGGUCGUCGGUGGAUCUUUUGAGUUCGUUGGUUCAGCACACUGGUGAUGAUCCAGAGGUCAGAGAACUCCAUCCAGAGGUCAACCAGGUCAUAGAAGAGUUUGGGCAGUUGGAGAUUCUGUCGAAGGCUAAACAACAGAGGCUUAAAGAAAGCAGUGAGACGUCAUCCUUGACGUGCCCGCUGUGUUGCAGACGGAAUUGGCAGCAGUUCGAGAACGACAUGUGGCGCCUGGAGCAGUGGCUCAGCCAUUCCGAGGCCACGCAGUCCAUGCUACACAACCCCCCGACGCCCAUGGAGCAACUGGAGGAGGUUGCACAAGACCAUAGAGAGUUCCUAAUGGACCUUGACGGCCACAAAUCUGUGAUAAUGUCGCUGAAUAUCAUCGGCAAGCACUUGGCCGAACACACCCGCGACCAGAGGAGAGGCGCGCAGGUGCGCGACCGCCUCUCCGCCGGCAACCGCCGCUGGGAGGCCGUCUGCGCCGCCGCCUCCGUCUGGCAGGCCAAGCUGCAGACGGCCCUCAUGGGCAACUCCGAAUUCCAUUCCACCAUCUCCGACCUCUUGGCCUGGACGGAGACGACGGAGGAGAACCUCCACAAGCUGGCCGCCGAGGAAGACUCGGACGAGGCCGCCCUUCGCGAGCGCGUGAACCGCGUCCUGGACGUGCGCGCCGAGGUGGAGCGGUGCGAGCCGCGGGUGGCGUCGCUGCACGAGGCCGCCCAGCAUCUCCUGACACAGCAGCAGCAGGACGACCAUUGCGCCGCCGUCCGCGAGCGCCUGGCCCUCCUCUCCAGGAGGCUGCAGGUCCUCCUGCAGCUGUGCUCGCAGCAGCUGACCCACCUGUCCCAGCUGCUGGGGCAGGACUUCACGAGCUCGCUGGCCUCCUUAGCGUCGUCGGGGCUGUACGAGUCUGCAGAGUUUUCUCUGUCGCGACCAACCUCGCCCAGUUCCCAGACAGCCAGCUUCCAUUCUGAUGUUCAUGACAGUUUCCUGGUGGAAGGAGAAGAUGGCGUAGUCCGCCGCUGCUACAGAUUCUUCGGACGUGUUAUGCGUGCUGCCCUGCCUAUUCAGGCCCUCAUGCUCCUCAUGCUUGGGGUAGCCACCCUCGUGCCCACUUCUGAGGACGACUACGCCUGCGGCAUGGCCAACAACUUCGCCCGAAGCCUCGAUCCGAUGCUCCGAUACCCCAACGGGCCCCCGCCGAUCUAAUCACCGCCGUCGCCACGCCCCCCCAAAACCACCACCCCCCUAUACACACACACACAGAGACCCCCUUCGAUUUAAAUAUUUAAACUACGUAUUUCGUCUUCCUCCGAAUCUGAAAGAUAUGAGAAUGUCUAUAUUAGAUGAAUCUCUUCAAAUGGCUGAAGUUGAGAAAUGUUGAUUAUUAUAGAUGAUAUAUAGAUAUAUUCUGUGAAUUUAUGAUUUCAUAUCAGAUGAGACGUACCUGUUGCAAAGUGAAAGAAAUCACACAAUGUAUAUUUAUAUGUAAUUUUAAUAUUAAGCGCAUUAUUUCUUAUGAGUUAAGGGGAAAAGAUAUUUGGAUGGAAAAAAGAAUAAGGGGUUAUAUUUAGUUUAGUUCGUGGGUUACGAAUGUAUGAUACAGUUGUUGAUUUUUGUCGAGUUUAAUGCUACUUAAGAAGACUUUGAAGAAAACGAGUGAUUUUACGGCUAAGACAGUUCCUUGUUGACAGUGCCCUUCGUUUCACAGAAAGAAGCGAACAGAAGGAGAAAGAAGGAGAGAAAGCUAUGACAAGCAUUGUGUUUAUAUAUCGCUUCGCAUAAUUCGUAUGUGUCCAGUAUAGAGACAUAUCGAUAUAUAACCCAGACAACGGACUGAAAUGUCAUUUAUAUUGUCUCACGAUGCUGGCACGCUGAGAAAAACUAUUCAUGUAAAACAAUUCUCCUACUUUGAUGAUUAUUAUAAUGGACCUUCUUGAUUGGUGCUAUGAACCCCUAGCACAGACAAACACAAAACCACACACAACACACGAUUACGUGACGACAAAUUACGAUGACGAAGAAGAAGAGGAGUCAUUCGUGCGUCACGUCUCGCAGUUUCGUGCAAACUAUUCGAAUCGACACGAAUGACAUUCGGUGCUAUAAAGAUGUCAGACCAAUAUAUAGUAUUCGAAACCGUUUUUAUCGACCGAAAGGGGUAAUAUGUAUGAUAUUGCCCCUCCCCCCAAAAAAAAUUUUUUUCUUUUUUUUUCUAGGGAAUAUGUUGAUCUGAACGUGUGUGUGGUGGACUCAGGUUAUGAAAUAUGAAAACAGAAAGAAACAUGGGAUGGGAAAACGAGAGAGAUUAUCAUAGAGAGGAAAGUUCUGAUGAAAGAUGAAUGACUGAAAGAGUUCUCCCUCUCUCUCUCUCCGUCGUUGGUGUUUUGUUGUGUCGACCGAAUCCCAUUUCAUUCACGGCGAAGCGACUAAUAUAUAUUAUGUAUAGCUGUUUUUAGGUACAUUUUUUAUAAUGCAGCUCGUCGCUUUGUGGUGAAUCGAGUAGGAAUUCUCCAGAUGAGUGGAAUAAUUUUUUGUUUAGUCUACCAGUUUAAAAAUAAAAAAAACAUAAACAGUCAUUUGUGAUAAGUGUUUAUAUGCCUUAUGCCCAGUUGUGGAGCAUUAUAUUGCAUAAGGUGUUGGUUUAGGCAUUUGAUAUUCAGUAGUAGACAAUUAUAAUUAUUAUUAUUAUAAACAAAACGGAAUAUUUUAAUAUUUCAACAUACAUGGCGUUGUUGGUCGUUUAAUUCUGCCAAGGCAAAUUAUUCCUAUUCACAUUUGUUUUCCUUUAUAGGCUUAUAAAGAAUCUUCCCCUUUUCUUUAAUAUUUUAUUUUUGACUCGUCUGUGAAUUUUUUCUUUUCUUUUUGACGAAUGUGAGAAGAAAAGAAGGGCCAAGUGCGAAAAAGUCGCUCAUCGUGGAACAUGAGCGACUUCUUCUCAAGACAAGAUGGCGAUUGUGGGACUUUUGAAGAGAAACGUGCCGUGGAAGAUGAAACGAACUUCAGACUUUCUUGUAGAGUCCGCUGCUGUGUCGUGGAAUCCAAACGGUCACGAGAGAGAGGCCUGCAGUCCCCAUCUUGUGAGCACUGGUCGAAAUAUUAUAAAAAAAAAUAUUUAUGAUUGUAUCUUCAAAAAUAAGUAAUGACGUGUCCUUCUUUUGUCUCUCUUUCAUUUUUUAUUUCUUCUUAGGUAUGAGGUCACUGACCUGACGUACUAAAAAUAUAUAUAUAUAUAUAUUUUUGUUUAUAUAGCAUUAGGGUCUCCGCUUAACGCUUCGAUGCUUUCUGACGCGACGUAUAAUUUUAUUGCGAAUUUUUUUUUAUUAUGGCAAAAAACAAUACUGCUAAAUGUUCUAAUAUACAUAUAACAUAUAUAUAGUAUAUCCAUGUGAUGAUGAUGUUACUUGCAGAAGCGAUAUAUAUAUAUAUAUAUAUAAUUGAAAGGAAAAAAAAGAAUAAUUGAAGGGUCAUCGGGAGAUUUACAAUUUUUAUUCACUUUUUAGUGCCUGAGCUACUUCGCCCUACAGUAGUCUGUGCAGGCUGUGAGGAUGUGCCAUAUAUUAAAAAAAAAAAAACAUGACCAGCUAAACUAAGUAGGAGACUUUAAAAGGGAAAAAAAUUAUGCAUACGUACGCCUAACCAAUCAAACUAAUACGAUUAUAUGAUUAUUCAAUGCCUUUUUUUUUAUUGCUCAUUGAUUGGGAGAACCGUUAUGCCAAUAUCUAUCUAUAUGCCCAGCCAAUCAAAAUGAGAGAUGAAACGUAAUAGAUAAGUCCUGCGAGAUGGUAACGGAGUACUUAUUGGACUUCCAUCCAUAUAGAGUCGCUUAUGCUAGGAUAGCAAAGCACGCGCUAAGGGCAGUCAUUUAUACCAUGGUGUGAGUUAAUUCAUACAAAUAUAUGUGAUCUUCUAU